AUGGUGUCAGGGCCUGGGAGGUGUCCCGGGCGUGCCAGCGGGGUGGUCCGAUACCUGGUGUCCGCCUGUCUGCUGUCGCUGCUCUACCUGUCGGGGGCCCGGGGCUCUUAUUACCCUCAGAGCGGGGAGUGUAAGGGCAAAGGGAAGGACUGCACAGGUAAGACCUCAUGCUGCAUGCUGUAAAUCACUCCCUCUGAUACCUGAAAUCACCAUCGAACCUUUAACCCUACAACACUAUCACUAAAAUUAUUAACACCAUGAUUUUUACCUGAAUUAAUACACCCAAGAUGAAGAACUUGUCAUUUAAAAUAUGUUAAAAUAAGACAAUACAUGACAAAUCAAAGUAGUUUUCUUUUAUUUUUAACUGUGUAACGUUAUGGAUCAUAUAAUAAUGCAACAAAAAUAACUGAAAUGAGGCAUUUAUGAACAAAAAAAUCCUUAAACAUAAAAUAAAAUAUAGAAACUGUAAACUUAGUUUCUUUUCCACCCAUUCCUGGGACAUGUGAGUCUUCCCUGGUGAAGACUCAGGGUCCUUGGCUGCAGGAGACAGAACCAAAAUAUGGCAGAUUUCUUAUCACCAUCUGAAUUCCCUUAAAAUCACGACUUUGUGAUAAAGAUAGCACGCAAAUUCCAGGACCUCUCUUACUGACCUUAUUCACCAACAUGCAGCUAUCAAAUCCACCCAAACCUACUUCACCCUCUAUCACUAUUGGGUUUGCCUUUAAAGAUGUCAAAGGCAAUGCUGAAGCUACCCAGGGACCCAUGAUACAACAUAAUUAAAAUCACAUAAACAUGUUUAGUCGAGAGUGUUCUAGGGUUAAAUUAUGCACCUGCUCCUCUUCCUGCUGUGAAAGUGUCCCGAUCCUGCAGGUGCUUUCUUUCUACCAUGUUCCCUCUUUGUCCCUUUUGAGUUUAUUCUGACCUUUGCAUCUCAUGAGGUAUCAGACAGACGGUCUAAUUAUAGCGCCGUAUAUAUGCUAUCAGAUGUCUGCUGUCCUUACUGGACUGCUGGAAGCUCCAUCGUUGGCUUCAGCUGACUGAAAUAUGACGGGAAUCGGUCCGAUAAUGCUGCACGCUGGUUAAAAAUCGAUAUCAUGACUUUAACAUGAGUGUUAUGAGCUCCUGUGUCUUUACAGGCUGUACAGGGGAGUUUAUCACAACACUGCAGCUGCACUUUAUUAACCCCGAGUGUGUGGACUUCAUUGAUUUAACUUUAAGGUGAUGCACUGAUGGUUUGGUGGAUAUUUAAUAACUCUUAUCCCUCAUGAAGAUUACGUUGUUGUUUCUGCUUCUUUGUGGUUAAAUGAACCACUUCUGCAUCUUUGUGGGUUAAAGUAAACUGUGAAUGUUUGAAAUCCAACAGGUUAUGUAACAAACUUUGGCUCAAGAGGGUGAGGAGAGUGUUUAUGAUAAGGCUGACCGAUUAAUUUUAAUGUCCUUUUCACCUGAGAGUUAGGAUUUCAAAAUGCAUCGUGUUCUGGAGGAAAUGCAGCUUUUUGGGAUUUAUUUUGGAUUCAAGAGGGUUUGUGUUGCAAUCUCAGAGAACUGGAUCGACAAAGAAACUCCUAAGUUAAAGCAGAUGCUUCGUGUUAAUACUGAACAAUGUUAACCGCACAGUGCAUAUUUGCUUCAGGACAGAACCAUACGAUCAUGUCAGAGACUGAGUGUCUUUUCCCUGCAGAAAAAUCAGAGCUUAAAACCAGUUGGACAAGAUUUCCAACUUUGGUGUUGGGAAAAAUGAAAAUCUACAAAUCCUGAAGUGAAGACUGAGAAAUGGAGGAUUGAGUUUAGAUGAUCCUGUGUGCAGUUCUGAUGCUGUUUGGUUGUUUACAUUAUUAAGAGUUUGAUGCUGUCGUGUGUUGCUGACUGUUUCGUGGCGCGUUUGGCUAGCUGUCGGGCUCUAUCGAAGCUCUGAUAUGUGGAGAAAACAAUAAUCUGGUGAAAAUAAUCAUGGUGAAAUAAUGCUGUAAAUCAUGAUAAAUAAAAGUUGCUCUGCUGUAGGGCUGGGCGAUAAAAUGAUAAAUAUAUAUUCAUCAAAAAUUAAUUUCCUUCAAUAUCAACAUAAAAACAUGGUCGAUUUGCUUUCCGAUAGCUGGCAUUUUGACAUGUUUUGAUAGACUAUAUGAAUAGCCAAUGAAAAGGGGAGUUGCUCCUGGUCCACGCCACACUGAACCAAUCAUGUGCUGAAUUAGAAACAAGUAGCAAACAACUGCGUAGUAGCAGGAUGCAGCUACAUGCAGCCAUAACACCUUUAACACGUGAAGCCGACAGCACUGUCGGUGAGAAAAAAGAAAAUGAGCAGAAAUGCAAAUGAAGGCUCAAUAGAUGACGACAUUGUCGACAACACUGGAACGAAAAUGUCAGUUGUUUGGAGGUAUUUUGGUUUUUUGAGGUCGGACAUGAAGCAGAGUAAUGUGUACUGCAAAUUAUGUCGAGUACAGUCAGGGAAUAACUCAAAUCUUUUUCGCCACUUGAAGCAGCGCCACGCGGCAGAGCACGCGCAAUGCAAAAGGUUACAAACCCCGAGCGGAGCAAGGAGCCCAUGGCGCCUGUGCAUCCGAAACAGCCGACCGUUCAGUCAGCUUUCUCUAGCGUAAUGCCUCACGGCAAAAUGUCGCAGAGACACAAAGACCUCACAGAUGCAGUGGCUUAUUGUAUUGCAAUAGACAUGCUACCAAUACGCACUCUUAAAUUUAAUUUUUUAUAUCGUGAUAUAUCGAUAUCGACUGAUAUGAUAAAAAAUAUAUCGUGAUAAACUUUUCCCAUAUCGCCCAGCCCUACUCUGCUGUUCCAUAUGUGGGGAAAUACAGAAUCAAUCGUUUUUCUUCUUCUGCUAAACAGACACACAAACACAAAGAUUCUGAUCUUCCCACUUCUCUAUUUUCAUCAGACAAAGGUUGUGUUCACUAAAACAGUCUGAAUUUUGUACCUCUUCAAUUAUAACCGGUUUUUUAAAAUCAUUUAUUGUGCUUAAUUGACUUGCACAACCUCCAAGCUCUGUGCAAUUUAAAAGGACGGGCAGCCUUUAAAGAUAAGCCAAGAAAUGACUUCAUUGCAGCGUGGUACCAAUUUUUCAUUCCUACUGUAGAACUCAAAGUGCUAAACAGGUUUUUUUUUUUUUUAAUCCCUGGAGCUUUGACACAGCGGGGGGGCUGAAUGAGCCGGGCUCCCAACACACUCUCAGAAAUGCUUGCAUUUAAAUCUGAAAAGCAAUUAAUAGGUCACUUAAUCAUCAAUAGCGCUAUAACUUAAAAAUUCCAGUAAUGAGAAAUUAAAAGACACGUCUCAUUUGAAGUUGAAGAGGAUGUAAUGAGCAAAAAUGCAACGUUUAGUGUUAAGUACAUUCAUAAAUGUUGAAGAUAUUUCAUUUUCAUGCCGUAUAAAUCGUCUCCUUCUUCUCUGUCCUUGAAUGCUUUAAUUAAACUGUGAUUUGUUUUCUUUACUUCGGUUGAUGUCUCUCUCUGUCUCUCUCGGGGCGCUCACGCCAAGUGAGUAAAAUCAUCUACUUGCUUAAUUCGCGCAAAUCUAGAUGUGUGGAUGAAUCGUAUUUACUCGCUUAAUUUUGACUCGCUUAAUUCGCGGAAUUUCAACGGUAAUCCCGGCCAAUUCAACCGACAGGAUCAAGUGAUUGACAAAAGUUUUUUACAAUUUACCAGGUAAUCCGACCUCCUUUUAUUCUGGUUUCGGUUAUUGAAAAAAAAAAAAGUAUCAUAAAUUCAGGGCACGAUCAGUUUGUCCUCCAUUUUAGAUAACCGUGAACAACCGUCCGUUAACAUACAUCGCCUGGCAACCUUCGUGCGGAUAAGUUAUCGGGACGCGAAUAUCUGCUCAAGUUGAGACAUUUAAAGCUAACGCCCAAUUCGUGUCACUUGUGCCGUCAGAGUAGUAGGAGCGUCUAAUCGCGUCUUUGCAUUGACUUAACAUGUAAUUCAUUCGCGCGAAUGAUUUUACUCGCUCUUAGUGUGAGGAAACACUAUCAGCUCUUUGACUAUUUGUUAUCUUCCUCUUAUCUACUUUUCUCUGCAGCUCUAAAAUUUCGCGCUCGCCAGAUAAAUCUAAAGUCAUAUCGGAUCGAGCGUCUAAUCGUGUCUUUGUAUCGAUUAACAUGUUCCUUAUUCGCGCGAAUGAUUUUACUCGCGCUUCAUGUGUGUGGAGACAGUCUCAGCUCCUUGAGUUAUCCUUGUUAUCUUCCUCUUCUCUUCUUUUCUCUGCUCAUGUAAAGUUUCAGGUCACAUCAGAUCGAUCCUAACGCUAACGUGGACUUCUUUCUUCAAACUGAUUUAAUUUGAUGUGCGGGAUCCCGUUGUCCCUGGAAACGCUUCACUAGAACUUUGCAAGAAUUAAAACACACCCUCACUAUGAGCAGCUGACCAAUCAGGAGUAAGUAUUUAACACAGCCUGAAGAUAAUAGAUGAUAAAAUUUGAUCGGUGACCUCUGCGUCCACCGCCCUGAUAAUUCUUUCAUUAUCCAAUAUUCAUAGAUUCAUUUUGCUGCUCUUGCUCUUUAGCUUUGAUUAAAUAUGUAAAAGAAAAACUGCAGCGAUGUAAAUGAGUGUUAGCUGUCUGGAGUAACUCACCUCUGUCAUGUUUUAUUAAUGAAACUCCGCACCGCUUCUCUCCCGCCGUUCACAUUGUUUGCAUUAAGAAAUGGAGCAUUUUCCUCGCAGAUGAGCGCGCUGCGGUCCUGAUCUCUGCUCUCGGAGGCCCGACACGCUGCAGCAGAAUGCAAAUACCCCUGCAGAGGAGAAUGAAGACAUUUCAACUCGCAAAGCAAACCGAGCACCUGGUUUUUAACGUGAGAACGACGAGUAUCAUUCAGGACGUCGCUGCUCUGUGCACGACAACCACCAUGUUGCGCCGCGCCGCUUUUGACACGAGAUAACUGACUGCUCUGCUCUCAUCGCUGCUGUCGCUCUGAAAGCUGAAGAAAAGAAAGCUUUUACAGAGCAAAAUGGCUCGUGGCAUUUAGUUUGAAGCAGCAGGCAGCUGUGUUGGAGGGAAAUUCAGCCCCAGAGAAGCAUCAAGCAUUUAUAGCGCGCCAUUAUUCACUGGUAUUAUGGCUGCACUGUAAAAUAGUCUGUGCGGAGUGUGGUCGGAGUGUUUUUGACGUCAGCUGUGGAUUCCUGAGGGGACGUUUAGUUCUGACCACUGUCUGCCAUCUUUGUCUGUUACAAUAAUCACAAAAAGAGGAGAAACUUUUCAUCUGAGUCUGGAGAAAUUGGCUGAUUUGAUCUUUUUUUUCUAUUUCAAGUGUUUUCAGUGGUCUUUAAGUUGUGAUUAUGAAGUUUUAGCCAAAAUCACGUUACCUGUGUCAUUUUUAAAGGCUUUUCUUCUGCAGAGCUACAGUAGAUCAUUACCAAUUCACCUCUGAGUCGUGGGCGGAGACAGCGCUGUUGUGCACACUCAUCUUCACACUAGCUUGUAACCUAACAUUGCCAUUGUAGUAGAAGUAGCAGGUAACAUAGGAGCUAUUCAGCUCUCAGACACUAUAGUUAAUAUCAUAAUUAGCUUUCUUACAAACAUUGCAGUAUGCUAACACACACUCUUGUUCCGCGAUUGUCGUCUCUACUUUUUUGAGUCUGGCCUGCAUAGCGGGGCUCUGGGGGCGGAGCUAAGAUUUGUGACGUAGGAAAUCUCACUGUGUAUUAGCCAGCCGUUUGGGUCUGACGGAGAUUCAGAGCGAUUUGAAUGCAGGAAUAUUCAUGAUAUGUCCUGUAGCAUUAGAAAAAUGCCGUAUGAACAUGUAGACAACAAGAAAAACAUGAUUUUCAUCGGAGUGGGUCUUUAAGAUGAUACAUUUUGUACAGCUCCAAACUGUGAUAAAAACAAAUUUUGUAAAUCCUUUUCACACUGUGUGUCGCAUCUAAUAUAAAGCAAAGAAAACAUAUGAAAUAUUUAAACUGAAUAUAAAUAUUUUAUAUUUAAUACCAGCAAAAUGUUUGAAAAAAUGUUCAGAUGGGGACAAUUAAACACUUUAAAAGUUCUAAAUCCAGCACUUAAGUUUUUCAGGAUUAUCUCCAAACUGAUGAGAUUAAUCUGCAAAAGGUUAGAGUCAAUAUCAGAGGAGACUGUGUGAGCAAAUAGUUCAGUUUAAGAUCCUCAGAGUGAAAUCUUUAAGAACCUUUGUGGCUUUUAUCAUCUUUAGUUUAUCACCUCGUUAGAAAAUUCAGAAAGUCUGGAGAAAUCUCUGCACAAAAAGCUCAAAAUUAAAACUAAAUGGCUGUAAUCUUUAGCCUCUCAAAGGCUAAAACACACAACUCUGUAGUGGAAGUCACCGCAUUACUUCCAGAAACUAUUUCUAAGAUGGACUGAGAAAUUUUAGUCUCCUCUUUUUUGGACUUGAGGUUUUUCAUACCUUUAUGUCAAAGACGAGUCACAUGACCCGGUCCGAGCUCCUUCAUUGGACAGAAAAGCCAGAGCAAACUCCUAAAACAAACUCCAGUCCCUGUGAUGUUUUCCUCCUCUCAGCCGCUCCUCCCUCUCCGUAAUAAAUCUCAGGAGAUGGCAGGAGUUGGCAGUGAGCCCGGAUGAGCCUCGGCAGGUACAGCGUGUCGUUAUGAAGUGAAAGAAGCCGUAAAGAAAACCCUCCAUCAGUGUUAUUUCACCUGUAAUGUCACCUGAGAAAUCGCCUGCAGAACCGGGGAGAAGCUGAUGAUUACAGAGGCAAUUCAGCGGGUUCGGCUUCAGUUUCCAGACUGAAAAAUGGAAAAGGAGAUCAGAUGUGUGAACAUGGGAGCAAGGACCUGACUUAGUAACAUAUAUAUUAUCUAAACAAGGCCAUAUCAACAUAACUCUACCAUGAAACACCUCAAGUCUUGCAAGCUGGGGUCCUAUCUCCUAGCAGAGCUAUACUCAAGGUUUUAACCGUCUGAAAACAAUGUUAUUUUACGCUAUAGCAAACUGAUACACGUCAGGCUCUAGGACCAAACGGCCGCUCAAGCCGAAAACUGAUUUCCUUAGGUUUGGAUCGCCCACGAGGUCCUUGAUUGGCUGUCGCUUUCUGCGUGAUUGGCUAUUCCUGCUGUCAGUCAUUCCAUGCCCGCCGGAAGUCUAGAGGUAGAUUUCUUUCUCUGGAUGGCUCUGGUUCUCGUGAGUUCUUGUGAUUCCUGCUGUCCGUAAUCCGCUACGAAAUUCGCCUCACAAACGGAUGUGGUAUGAAUUGGCGUAGGGCAAAAAAUCAUUGCCGUUAGUUUAGUCCGUCCACAAAUGCUUUUGUCGCAGCUCUGAUCUGGAUUCCGUUUUCUGUCGUGUACUUACCUUUUAAUUUUGAAUGAGCUCCACACAGACAGAACCGGGCUUUUAUGGGUCGUCUACAGACCGGAUAUCUGGAAUCUCAGGGCCAUUAAUUUGUCAUUCGCUCUUGCCUCCAGAAGCUCUUCAAAUCUGCGCCACUGCUUCCUUUUUUUAUUUGGUUCUGUGUGCUUUCAAACCCAUCGAGCAGUCGAUCUUCAUCUGAACUGAGGCACAUUAUAUUCCAGGACAGCCAGGAUGGAGCCAGCAUGAAUAAAAAUCACUCUGUAUAAUUUGUGAGGCUUUUAAACACUCACUCACUGGGAGAUCCUUUCAAAACCCCGGCUACGCCUGGACUGAUGGAGCGCGCUCAGACACGGGCGCCCUGUAACAGGCGUGUUUCACAUCCAGAAGCGCUGACAUCAACACAGAACAGCACAGAGUAUUGAUGUUCUGUCAACGCCGCUUACAGUUUACAUUCAAGUCAUUUAGCUUCGCGACGACGACGAUGAUGAUGAUGAUGAGAGCAUCAUCCCGUCGGUUAUCCUCUUGUGAAACACUCAGAACAGCUGAGUGAGUUUGAUUGCCAGGCAGAGCAGUUUCCAUGACUCUAAACGGCGGUUUUGUUUUCCACUAAAUUAAAGCGUGGCGAAAAGUUCAAUCACGCACCUUUGGAGACUGCAGAGAGGAUGAACAACACAUGCCUGUUAAUCUCUGAGUUUACUUUAAACAGACGCCGGCUGAUUCUUAGUGUUAGUGAGCUCUGUUUGGAUCAGGCUGGAUAAGGUGUUCGUAUGUGAUGUGAUGACGUUGGGAGAAAGAGAAAGAAGACUGUAAAUGUUUUAACCGAUAACGCGCUCGCUUUACGCUCAGUGGGUUACAUCUGCUGGAUCUCGCCAACGUUUUUUCAGUGAGUCUUGGUCGUCCUUUGAUGCAUCCUGCAGAGCACUCAGCCAGUCAAGACAAAACACGACACAUGCAGAGAGGAAAUCAAACAUUGAUCGCUUUAAUUCGACUGAAACUGAACUUUUUGAAUUCAUAAAAGCGUCAUCUAAAAUCGCUCUAAAUCAAACAUAACGAGAUAAUGCAACUGGGGGAUACAUUUUCAAGGUGUGUUUAUUCUUCUUCUCAGACUGAAACAGGCCAGAGUGUUCCAGAGUUUGGCAUGAAUGUAUUGUUUAGAAGCUGGAGAGUUAACAAAACUUUGUCAGGCAAAGAAGGACGUAAAAAAAAAGCUGUAAACUUGACCAGGUUCUCACCGAUUGUUGAUUGUUUUGGUAGAUCACGUAAUGGUUCGAUAAUGAGACGAGUAGAACGGAGCUAAAGGGGCACAUCGAGCAGUUUGACCACUCAAAUCACCUAAAUGAGCUGUUAGCAUAGCUGGACUUAACUGUGCAUGAAAAUGUGCUUACUGGGACUGUUCCUACAAUGAUGAGCAGCUGUAAAGACAAUAAACGGGGAAACUGUGCUGUGUUUUUCAUUAAAACAGCUAGCAUUAGCAUUAGCAUUCACAUUCAGUCACUUUAUUGUAGAAUUUACAUUUGAAAAAUCACAGAUGAUAGAAAAAGAGACUCAAAUACUCAGGUGAAAUUGUGACUUUAUAGGUAAUUGUUUUAAAGCUCUAUUGCGUAUGUUUGAAUCUAUUAUUACUUUGCAUUAGCUAGCUAACAAUAAAAUCUUUGCACACCAGCAAUCCUCAUUAAUAUUAUAAUCAACAUUAAUAUUCAUAAAGGUAGAUUAGGGAAUAUUACAACUGAUCAACAAGCGAAUAUUUUAGAUUUUGAAUGUACGACAGACCUACAGUGACGUAUUUGUGUAUCGUCGGCUAGCUAACACGACAUAGAUUUUUAAGACGUGACAUUACACCAAUUUCCCACCCUGAGUGUGGCGCCAUAUAAAGAUGGCUGCUGGGAAAAUGGUCCACCAUGUUUGUGAUGGUUUUACUCAAAAUUUUGUAUUAGUUCAGGGCCCCUAAAGUCGAUUAAAGUCAUUUUUUAUCUUUUUCUAUAAACCCGUCACUUCAGGGGCAGAUUCCCCUUAAACUACGGUCUCAGUUUCUCAUCCCUCUCUGCUUCACAGUCUUAUUUUAGCAGCUCAGCCUCUCAGGACAGCGGUCAGAAAGCUGACAGGUUCUCAUGUGAAUCUCAGUACUGCUCCUUUAGCUUCCCACAUUAUCUCACUGUUAAUAAAACAUCGCAACGAAAACCACAACCACUUCCUGGAGAGACUCAUGCCUGUGUUUGUCAGACAUUUGUCUCUUGAUUUGGUUUUGCGCCUCAGAUGGAUUUUUCCCCAGAAGAACUUACUCUGGGAUGAGUAUCAACCAUGAAACAACCACAUAAGUGAUGAAGAGCCUUUGGUGAGCCUGCGCUCUGAUCCAGAGCUCGGCUGAAUCGAUUGUGAGAAGAAGGAGCUGUUUGGGAGGAGGAGAGGUUUGUUUGUUUGAGGAGAGCUUCAUCAGUAGUGCUGUAUUGAGAACCUGUAUCUGAUAGUGUUGGACUGUCUUUAGUAAGUUAAAACCAAUAUGUUGAUGUACGAUUGGACGUCACCCAUUGGUUUGUGUUUAAAGGCUCAAGUUCUGCAUGUGCCUGCGGUUGUAUUGGUUCCUGGAGCCAGAAGUGAUCAUAUUGGAGAGUUAGGGGUCAACAAAUGCUGAUUCAUGUAAGCUAAUAAGCUUAUCCUGGAGGCUAAUUCAUGGGCAGUUUGAUUCAGUCACCCAUAAUGACACCCCAGCUCCCACCAGUGGUAUGAUUUAAUCUUUCUCUAAACAGGUGUCAGCAUGUGAGGUUAGAAAAUAAUCUGUCCGUAAUGAAACAUUUACUGCGAGACUCUAUUCUGCUUCAUACUGAGUCACUAAAGACGAUCAGCGUCUCGAUUUCCUGACUUCAUUGAAUGUGUCAGAAAUGGUGGAUUCGACCUCCAUUCAAACAAACUCUUCUUUUCAGACCUGCAGCUAAAUAUGUAACUUUGGCAGUUUUCAGACUAAAGAAAAAUCAUUGUUUUGAUAGGUAAAUACGACUGAGGGAAACCUUUAUGUAGCUCACAGUUUACAGUGAAACUGGGACUCACCAAAACAAACUGAAGAGGGUCAAACUGGGUCUCUGUGUAACCCACUAUUUACAAUGAAACUGAGACUCAUUAUCAGCAGAUUUUGAGGACUGGUGUCCCCAAAGUGAGUCAGAGUGUUUCUAUUGUGUAACUGACUUUUUAUGGUAAAACUGAGACUUACCAUCAAAUUAUACAGCAGCUUCAUCUCAACUUAAUUUGACAAUACAACCCCUAAAGUCUAUUCACAGUGAAACCUAGACUUACACAAAACAGAUUUUCUGUUAUGCACCAAGGUGAGUCAGAGUGAAGCCAUGGUAAAACCAUGAAACAGCGAAACUGAGACUCACCAGUUAGUUAAACAGCAGCUUCAUCUGGACUAACUUUGGCAAUAUACUGUAACCCCAAAAAUUAAUUAACAGUGAAACUUAGACCAACCAGGAACAGAUUUUCUUUUUUGUUUUUUGUUUUUGUUGACAUAAAACUGACUUAUUACAGUGAAACUGAGACCUCCCAGACAGCAAGUUACAAUCGUGUCAACCUGAUUUACUUUGGCCUGAAAACUGAGAUUCUCCAGAAACAGACAUUGGGGUUUAUUGCCAGAGUUUGUCAGAGUGAAAUCAUUGUGUCACUGACUUUUUACAGUAAAACUGAGACUCACCAGAGAGUAAGUUACGGCGCUGUCAACAUGACUUAUUUUGGUGGUGUGACCCUGAAAAUCUGUUUACAGUGAAACCGAGACUCACCAGAAACAGAUAUUUGGGGGUUUUAUUGCAGAAGUUUGUCAGAGUAAAAUCAUUGUGUAACUGACUCUUUACAGUGAAACUGAGACUCACCAGAGCGUACAUAACAGUGUCAUCAACCCGACUUACUUUGAUGGUAUGACCCUAGAAAUCAGUUUACAGUGAAACUGAGACUCACCAGGUCAUAUUUUUUAAGUAAGUUGAAGUAAAACUACUAUGUAACUAACUCUUUACAGUGAAACUGAGACUAACCAGAAACAGUUUUUUGGGGGGGGAUUUUAUCGCCAAAGUUUGUCAGAAUGAAGUCAUUGUGUAACCGACUAUUUACAGUUAAACUGAGACUCAGACUUAAACAGGUUUAGCAGGCGUUUUGCAGACAUAGCUAAAUAGGCAAAUUUUGCAGCUUGUCACCCUUUAGAAGAAGCUAAUUGGAGUGUAAGUUGCUAAUUGGGUCAGCCUGCAGAGAAGAGACUCUCAGCUGAAAGUUGUGGAUGACUAACUAACCUGAAAAGUUUGCCAUCGUCUCCACAAACUGUCAUCAUUAGAGGGUGGUAGACGGGUCCUGAGUUUAAGCCCAGGGGUGAUGGCUGCCUUUUUUUAGCAGGAAAACCACCUCCGCACCGUUCAGCUUGUCCACUUGUGGUAGUUUGGCGUAAACUACAAAGACACUCUGAUUUCAAUAGUAGGAAUGAUGUCCUAUUAUAAACCAUGCCCACAUCCCCAUUAACAAAAACAUCUUAAACUCUAACACCAGCCGUCGUGGGACCUGGAUCACUCUGUGAAGUCUAAGUUUAUGAGACACGCUCUGACUUUCAGCUCCCCGGUGAAAUGCCGGGCUCGGGGUGUGAAUGACAGAUUACUUUUUUUUCAGGGUCAAACAGCAGAAGCUUCUCCACUGAUGUCCGCUCACUCCUCUCCAGCCGAGACAGAAUUAUCCACCGAUCAGGUUUGCAGACCGAGUUUAGGGCAAAGCAAUUAUCCGCAGCUCUACAGGGUGACAGACGCUUUUAAUUGUCUUUCAGGAGGCGAUAAAAAGGUGUUUGUCAACCGACUUGACGUAGAGUUUCUAAAUCUGUUGUGUUUGUUGGAGUUUAAUUAAGCCCUGAGGAUAAAACACGGAGAAAAGUCAAGGUGCUUUCUGUGUGAAGCUGCAGCUGUCCCGUGAUGUUGUUGUUUUCACAGGUUUGGUGUCCGGGAUGAAGUAAUAACUAUGAUUAAAUGAUAAAACCGUGUUACUUCACUUUUGUUUUUGCUUCGAAAGCUUAACCACAUUUAAAAGAAGACUUUCAAACAACAUUUCUUAUUUGUCUCGUUUGCAUUGUUGGAUAAAAAGCUCUCAAAGAUUUGUUGUUGCCUGCAGCCUCAUUGCUGCAAGUUUUACAUAUCCGCCGUUUGGCAGCUUGUGUAGGAGUCCUUGUUUCUUUCUCCUGCUGCGAGGAGGACUAAAUCUCCAAGAAGAAACACAUCCUGUGAAAAGAUAAUAAAGCUACCGUGAUGUGUGAACACUCAGACCCCAAAAAACAGAUUCUCAGAGACAUCUGAAGCCAGCAGAGUCUCCCCCACAGGACAUCCAUCCAUCCAGAGGAGUGACUCACAGGAAGGUGAUCCUGCACCUCUGCAGGUGUGUCGUAGCCUGCAGGUUCUUUAGGUGACACCUCGUCCUUCUCCGGCUCCCCUCUGUAGCCCUGCAGCGCCGUCCCCCCGCUGCCAUGAAACACUUUGUUUGCACUUCAAACGAGCGAAUCUUUGACUGAGGCAGAGCCUCCGCGGAUCAAGUUCAGUCAUGAAAUGUAAAUCUUCGCGCCGUCGGUCUGCAGGUGUGAACGAACGGAGCGGCGAGCUCUGAUUGAUCUGCCUCUUUGAUCCCUCUCUCUGCUGUAGGAUAUCUUGCUUCCUCUUUUCUCCUCCUCCGCUAUGAGGUCAGGGGUCAAAGAUCAGGGUUUGAAACUGUAUAGCUUCACUUGCACUUUCUGAUCAAAGCAACCAACGCGGGGGAAAUCUUGAGGAUUGUUUGAAUGUUUCUGACCGUGUUAAUAUUUUUUGUAUUUCAAGGAAACACACUGACAGAGUAAAGGGUUUUAUUUGCACCAUCUGUCUCUGAGGUACUUGGCAAGAUCUGGAAUGAUGCUAAUGUUUGUAGCAUCUUUUGCACACAGGUUUAGAGUAGGGCUGGGCGAUAUGGGAAAAAGUCGAUAUCAGUAUAUAUUUCGCGAUACAAAAAAUUAAAUCUAACAGUGCCAGUUUUGUCGAUGAUGUCGUCAUCUGUUGAGCCGUCAUCUGCAUUUCUGUCAGGGGUAGCACCCAUUUUCUUUUUUCCUCACCAACAGUGCUGUCAGCAUGUUAGAGUACUAUGGUUGUGUGUAGCUGCUACUACGCAGUUGUUUGCUACUUGGUUCUAAUUCAGCACGUGAUUGGUUCAGCGCGGUGCGACCCGGAGAAACUUCCCUUUUCAUUGGCUAUUCGUAUGUCCAACAAAACAUGGCAGAAUGCCGACUAUUGAAAAGCAUAUUGACCAUGUUUUGUAUUGAUAUUGAGGGAAAUUAAUUUUCGUUAUAUAUCGUUAUCCUUUUAUCACCCAGCCCUAGUUUAGAGUAUUCAGCUGUGAAGACUCCAGCUGGGUGUGGCGGAAUCCUUUCAGAAGAUGACGCACUGUUGUUGUCGGUAGUGGACAUGCUGUGGCAAAGGCAUUGCUUUUUGCCUCAUAUAAUUUACAUUUAGGAUCUUGAUUGAUAGAGUUUGAAUUUAGAGUCAUUAUACCCCAGAGUUUUAAAUUUGUGGUUUAAUCUGUUUGUGAUUGUGUGAAAGCCUCUUUACUCCUGCUUCCUUGUAAAAUCCAGAGUUUUGUAUCUUUAAGUCCCUAAACUAAAGAAAAAUGGGGUCAAGAUUUCCCUCAGUGGGGGCGUGUUGCAUCAUACUGAACAUAUGGAAGUGAUUCACAGGACAAAUUCACGCCUGUAUCAUGGAGGUUUUUCCACAUUGAGGCAUCAGACUACUAAUGCAGCUGACUCUGACAACAUCUCGCCAAAGUCCCCGUAGCGGGUCAGCGCCACGUCUAAAUCUUAAUGAAGGUUUGGGCGUCAAACCAAAGGAACUAUUAAGAAUUGGCGGCCUCCUCCGCCCCCUCACUGAGGAAAUUAAAAUGAUUUCUGUGACACCGGUUUAAUGUGUGAGCCGUCUGUUACACAAAGUAAUACUGCAUGUGUCAAUGGUUGUGUAGAUUAGGCGUGAAUGGCAGCUUUAUGAAGGCAGGAAAAUUGUGGAGGCCUCAUUUGUCAGAUUUAGAGCGGCUCUGCCUCCACGCUAAUGCCGCUCUAUUUCAGCUCCACUGUUUCUCCUGUGAGAUGCAGACCUGAUUAAAGAUACACAGCUCAACAAAAUGCUAAAUACAAAGUGAUUUAGCAUCAGUUUGCGCGGGACAAAUGAACAGCAGUGUGUGUGCUUCACAGAUCUAACGUGCGGCGACAGCGCUGUUGUUUGUUGAGGCGAAAAAAUGGAGCAGAAGCCUAACAGUCAAUUGUGUGUUGAAACAAAGUGAGCUGACGCACACGCAUUAGGCCGGAGAGUACAUUAAAUUAAAGCAGACGUGAGUAAAUCAACAAACUAAUCAGAGUUAGACGCCAAAGUUAACACAGCCAGUAAAACAUUGAAAGUUUCUGCCAAGUUUCUGUCCAAUUUCAGCCCGUAUCUCACCAGAUUUCCGGAUAUUUGACAGAGAAAAUGCAAAUUUCGAUGGAGUUAAGCAUCUGAGGGUGCAAAUUUAGCCACCAAUACCAAAGCUCGAACAAUGAAUGCAUGAGAUUUCAGCCAUGUUUCCCAUGUUGGCUCUUAGAUGCAGAAAUUUAAGGAACACUCACAAGAUAUCUAAAAUCCUCUCAGGGGGAACCUGAUGAAAAUCCUGAACGUCAAGCUUUGAAGCACAUAUGGGACAUUUUAGCAGCUUAAACAGAUUUAUUCAGUGUCAGGUGAUUGUGGAGAACAAUGGGCGUGAAGUGUGUAUUUUUGUCUCCUUUUAAGCUCACAGACCCAAACAGCUGAUCGAUGCACUGAGGACAGGAGAGAGCAUGUGUUGCAGCCAAGCAUUGUGAACAAAUGAACUGCAAAGUCAAGGGUAACACUUUAUAUAAAGGUCCUGUAAUUAUUAUUAGUUUAUGUAAGACACUUAUAAGCAUUAAUUGAUUGUAAAUAAAAGCACGAUUAACACAUUUAUUACUAUAACCACAGCACUUGUAGGCUCUUAUAUCGAACUUGUUAAUAGUAACUGCAAACGCCUCAGGAGCUUAAAGAAGGAGGCUGCGAUAUAAAUGAGUGUUCUUAUGGACUCCUAUGAAAACAUUAUGCAAGACUGAAAAUGUGCUUAACUUUUUAAAUACAUAUUAAGCUUCAGGGAAAGAUUUUCAACCACAUUAAGUUUUUUUUUCUUCUGUUUUUAGACAUGAAUAAUUCAUUACGCGAAGCAGAACAUAUGGUAUUAAAGCUCAUUUUUAGUCCGUGAAGUGUUGGAGCUGUGCAAUAUUUGGUUUUCAGAAUAUUUCAUAUAAAUGUGUGGUGUUACAGGCUUGGCAGGUGGGAGGAAUUAAAGCCAGUCACAAAAACGGCAGUUCCCCCAGUGUCCACUAGAGGGUCUACCCAAAAGUGAGUCAUUCCCCAUAGAGCCCUUUGUUAAAAUGUCUUUAUUGGCUUUUAAUAGUUGUUUUAAUUGUUUUUUGAUUGUUUUUCAUGUCUAGUUGUUUUGUCUAUUUAUGUACAGCACUUUGUUCAGCUGUGGUUGUUUGAAAGUAAAUUACAAAUAAAGUUGAGUCGGCGUCACCUCAGCCACUUCGGUCUCUGAAUGUCACCUCUGGUUCAUGUUUGUGUUGUGAAACCUCUCUGAGAUCAGUGUAUAUUUAUUUAGAUGCAUGAGGAGUCACUGAGUGUUUCAUUUCUCUCAGACAUGUGCACGAGGUGGAGGGUGAUAUUUUACCUCUCCUGGCUGAUCUGUUUACUCUCAGCGCUCGAACUCCCUGCAGGAGGUCUUCAGCUCUGAAUGUGUUUACUGCAGAAAGCAGCUGUGUCUGUUCACACCAGGUGGUCUUCAUAUGUCGGUGUGUUUUUUAUCUUUGCUUUCACCUGAAGAUAUUUUCCUCUCUUUGAAGACAAGAACAGGUAUGUUUCAGAGGAUUCGCUCUCUUCCUCUAUUUCUGAUGAGAAAACACAAUCAAGAUGGCCACUUAUUUUUCACGUCUAAAUCCCCAAACUAAGAUUUAAAAGAGGCCGAAAUGACAGUUCCUCGUGUGGGGAUCACCUUUGAGCGGCUUCUUUAACACACCAGCCGUUCAAUCACUUUGCAAUACAGAAAUAUUGAUUAGUGCAGCUGUAAAGGUAAACACAACCCUCUCUGGAGAUUCAUAAAGCUGGAUGCUCUGCUCCUCUUGACCCUGCAGUCUUCAUAGUGAGCGCAGCGUAGUGGGAAACAUCGGCCUUGGAGGAAAGAGAGGCUCAGAUUUGAAGGGCUCGACUAGAAACACACACAAAAAGAACCGUGCUCCUGUGCAUCAAGCAUGUCUUUGUCUAGGCCACCAAACAUGUGUCUUUGGUCAAACUUAGAUCCCUGUUGUCUCUGAGUCACCUCCGCAAAACUUUCUGUGGUUCUCAUAAGCAACACUGAAAUAGAUCACACGCCUUUGUUCUUAGACCACGAAACAAUGUGCUGUUGAUGUCCCAGCGUGUGGAUUUCAUUACCGCUACCUGCAGGGUCUGAAUGUGAGGGCUUGUUAAUGAGGAGAUGGUUAUAUAGACUGAAAGAGCAUUAGCCACCACUUCCAGUGAGACACUCGGUGCAUUUACAUGCACAGUUUAAUCGGAAUAAGCUCAUAACUCUUUCUUUGCUGAAUUUGACUUCUCUUCUUGUUCGCGUAUACGUGCAGCUGAGAAAAUUGAAUUAUUGAUGUGAACGUGUCCUCCUCCCCAAAACUAGGGGGCGAUGUGGACCACAUGUCUUGAUGUCUUUUCAGCGGCGCUGUUUCCGACCCCAUACAACAGUCAACAACAACAGCAGGUCUGUACCAGAUGUCAGAAGUGUCUACAACUGCUGCUGGGCAUUUUCGAGAAAGAAGAUGGAGCAUCGUACAGCUAUGUUUUUGUCGUACAUGAUGAACGCACUACUUUUUCUGCAGAUGAGACAAACGCUACUCCUCUUCUCAAGUGUUUUUGUUCCAGGGUUACGGGGGCGUGGCGCACAUGCAUUGUCUGAUCAUACUCUGAUCAAAUCCCAAUUGCAUUAUCUUGGUAUCCUAAUCUGAGUUUCCGACUCCAAUUGGAGUUCUCAAACUCCGAUUAUAGUUGGACCAAGGUGUUUACAUGCACUUCAGUUGUCCGGUCUUAAUCGAAGUAAGGCAAUAAUUUGGUUUUCUUGAGUGUCAUGUAAACGUAAUGACUAAGAGAGAGAAAAGCAAUGCCUUUGUCUGAACACGUCCACUACUGACGACAGCACUGUGUCAUCUUCCUCUCGAAUAAAUCCAUGUCUUGAGCUGGUGAACAGAUCCAGCUGCUGGAGUCUCAUGUAGAGCCGCUUUUCUCACAGACCAGACUCUGAUGGCAAACCAAGACUUCUUAAACCUGCACGCAGAAGAAGACGUAUGCGAGGGAAGACAACAGGAGGUGUAGAUCUCACUUUGUGUUGUUGUAUUCGUUUGUAGUCGGUUUAUCUUUUUGUAAUAAACCAACACUAAAUCUUUCUUGUGAUACUUUGACUCGGUGUGGUAGAAGAACGUCUGCGGCCUGACCUGGAGACUGAACACCGUCUUCAUUCGGCCUCACUCGUGUUAUUAGCCUCGGGAUAAAGAGCAGCCUCUUGCUGAUGGUGAUGAAUUCUUCAUGACAGAGUAACCGACGGAGGCCGACUGGUACGUUUAUUUAUUCAGCAGGAAUUGAUUGAACCAAUAUUUUCUUGCCAGGGUUGAUUCAUAAUUCAGUGUUGCUGUGUUUUAAUUCUGCGGCCGUCGUACAUCAUCCUUACCGAGGUCUGUUGGUAUGCAUGUCUGCAGCUACCCGGCGCUUCUUCUAUUCUUCCUCAGCCUUUUGUAACUGGGAGCCUCCGGAGCUCAUAUUCUCUGCAGGGUUUGUUGUGAAGCCAUUAGCCACCGCAGAGCUCCGCGUUAGCUUCCCCUCUCAUUGAUUGAGGACCAACAAAGAGACCAUGAACGACUCCUCUGGAUGUAUAGCAGCAUCCUGGAGACGUCUGUUACCUUACAGGGGCUGCUGCAGACACACAGAUCUGGAUCUAUGUGCACCAAUUAAAAUGCACCAAGUGCAAAUCACCUGCUGGGGGGAACGGGGUCUGGUGUCCUCUGCUGUGCCCAGAAUUGGAAUGGGACCUGAUUAGUCUCGCAUCGGCGACUCUGAGGGCGAAUCCAUUCAAGGCAGCAACGAGGAAGGAAGGGGGUGGGUGGUGGGGGGGUGCUGCGAGGCGUAAUGAGUCCAUACACAUAAAUCUGUCAGUGAGCUCCUGAUCCAGAUGAUUCAGGUCAUCAGCACUGACUCGGGUAAAAAGCAGCAUUUCAGAGAUAAUUUUUAAACAUGACUGAAAUGAUCAAAGGUUCUAAUCUACAAGGCUGACCGUAGUCACUCAGGUGAUCAGAGGAGUUUUAGUGGACACAAGGACGCGCACAAGGCUGUCAGACAUUUCUGUAAUGACGUUUAGACCUACUGACAUUCAUGCAUCUGAUUCUUAAAGGAACAUUUAUGAUCAUUACUUUAUCAUUUCCUUGAAGUAAUAAUCAGCAUAAUAAUCAUUUUGCACUGCAGACGUGGUAGUUCUUCUGCCUUAUUGUCUCGGUGUGAUUGUAUUUCCAAGAAGAAAUGAUCAUAAAUGUUCCUCCUUGAGCUGUGGCACCCCGCUGUAGUCCGUAAUGGACUGGUCAAGGUCCAGCUACAAACAAGUAGUCUCUUUACUAAAGAAAUCAGGCAAAGCUAAAAAGAUGUUUGGUGGCUAGUGUUGUUGCUAGGACCCUAUAUGUCCUGUUGAUGAAGUUAGGUGCUGUUCUGAGCAUUAUUUGUGGCUAUAGAGUGGCGUUUUGGUUGAAGUUUGUUUAUGGCUGCUCAGACUGCUGUGUAUUGCUAUCAUGGGGUCGUUACUAAAGUUGUUACAACUUAAAAAGCAAGCAGUCAGCAAUGUUCAUCUCUCAAGGGAGUGUCUAACUCAGUGUUAUGGUGUGUUUGACCCCUUUAUGACGGAAUAUCCCUUAAAGAUGAAAAACCAGUCUCUGGCUUCCUUUGCCUCCGACCGAGUUCCUUCUUUAUUUCUCUGUGUCUGUUCUCACCAGUCUGCUGUUUCUGGCUCCUCUGCUGAUUCGGGUUGGGCGUCGUUUUAAUUGGAAUUCCGAUUCCUUGUUUCAAUUCCGAUUCCAAUCCCAAUUCCGAUUCCUUGUUUUGAUUUGAUGAGGUUCAUUCUUCCUGCUAAAGUUUAGCCAAAUUUUAGACCGCUACCUCUGUGGGUUGCAAAACACUCGCACACACUCCCUGUGGCUUCUUCUUUGUUGGUGUUCAGAGGUCUCUGCAUCGAAACUAGAAAAUUUGAACGGUUGCGCGAGAAUUGGUAAGGUUGGUUCUGGUUCCCAUCGAUGCCCGAUGUUCUCUCUGUCGUAGCUUUUCAUGCGUGCACAUGAAACCGAGGACAAGAUGCUUUAGUGAUGAGUGGAUCUGUUAUUGUUUAACAGAGCCAGAGGUGAUCCAUGUGUUUCCGGUUUUUAUGCUAAGCUAGGCUAAUCAAGUCUCGUCUCCAGCUUCUGUAGAAGCAGAUAUGAAAUCUGCGUUGAUCUUGAUAAAGACGGCACAGAAUCUGUCUGUUUUCUCUCAAAAGGAACUAUUUCUUUCGCCCAGAACGUUUUAUCUCUACCACACAUUUCUCCAAACUGGGUGUGUGUGUGUGUGUGUGUGUGUGUGUGUGUGUGUGUGUGUGUGUGUGUGUGUGUGUGUGUGUGUGUGUGUGUGUGUGCAAUCAAAGGUUCUCCUGUCUGACUCUGAUGGAUCACACUUGUUUGUGCUUGUGAGUCUGCUCUCUUCACAGACUCUCUGUGGUCUCUGCUCUCUUUGACGGAUUUCCAUCUGUUUGUGGUUCGUGUCUCUCUGUUUGUUUAUCCCUCUCUUACUCGGCUUCAAGGCUGAGUUUUUUUUUUCUUUUAUUUCUUCCCUCCUCGCCGGCAGCAGACUGACCGCGGCGGGAGAGUUUCAGUCUGGAGCAUCAGAGAGUGAAAUCUCUUUCCUGUCUUCCCGAGGAGAAAACAAUGUCUCAUGUCAAACUAAAGCUGUAAAAUUUUAAUCGAACAGCGCGCGCGUCGGGGUCGUGUGCCGCUGCUUCUGAAUCAAUACCGGAGUGAGAAAUUUUCCAUCUCUGCGUCGGCGUUAACGCCAGCGGAGGGGGAUUUAUGUGAUUGUUGAGGUUAGAAGAGGAUGAGGUUAAAGACCCUGAGCUUAGAGGAAAGACAGAUCCUGACAGGCAGUUAAAGAGGAAAAACCGGAGAGUGAAACAACAAGAGAGGCUGCGACUGAGAACGUAACACCAUCCUGUGAUUGGCUGUCAGGUGUCUUCGUCUCCGGGACAGCCGCUUUAAUGAAAAGCAUCAGUUUAAAGUUUGUAUUGUUCGCUCUUUAUUCAGUGCUUUUUUUUUUAUUCGCGGCUCUUUGGGAACAGUGGGAGGUUGGGGUUCACUGCGCGCUCGUGGCAUCCUGACAGCAGCGUCCACGAGGUUCAUAAACAGUCCCAGCAUGCAGAGAGGCCGUAAACCGUCUGUGAGAAACGUCUGGAGGAGGACAAAAGCCCCUCUCAGUCACUGCCCGGCUUUCUGAGGAGCUUUGCACGGUAAAAGCAGCACUUCACCACAAAGAUAAAACAGAUUUAUAGCAGACAUAUCACACAGACAAACCCGAUCAGUACACAGCCUGCAGAGGGGAAACUCAGAGUCUGUAGCGAGGAGAAAACAAUAAUUAACACGGGGGAAUAAAAGCAAGAGUUCUCCUCACAGAAAACCCAGAUUUUUAUACCCUCAUUAUCACAUCACACGCCUCGCAUCUUUACAGUAGAGCCGCUCACCGUAUUUUACACUUAAGUGAUCUCAAAAUGUAAUAUUAGAUUUAUGCCUCGGGGAGCAAUGUUUGCUGAAUCACAAAAUCCGUGCAGGGAGAUUUACAUUUUAUAAGACGGAGGAGUUUACAGUCGAGAUGAUGCACGCAGAUGCAAAUUUACUCAGAGGCUCAUUUGCAGAUAAUUAACAUUUGUCCCGUUGUGGGAAAGACGAGUACAGGAGACAGGAAGAGACCUGAAGAGAAGCCUGGGCGUCUUUAUUGUACAGAUGCAGAAAUAGGGCUGGGCGAUAAACCGACAAUUUACUGAUACUGAAAUUUACGACGAAAACCAACGUUGUUUUUUCCAUAUCGGUAUGUUCUGUGUCAAAUAAAUAUAAAUAUAUAAACAAAUAAAUAUAAAUAUGAUUAUUGGGGGACAGCGUCUGCCUCCUCUCUGCCCCGCCUCUUCCAGCAAUCCCUAUGGAGCUGUGGACAAACUUUAUAAAUUUAUUACACAGAAUAUACAUUUUUCUCCCUCCUGGUUGCGAUGUUGACAUGAAGUUACUGUCAGACUGGUUUGUGCUCAAGUCCUCUUUUUUCUGUACAACUCCAUUUUUAAAAGUUAUCACGGGGGUUCAUGUUUUCUAUGAUUGACACUUGAUACAGCCUAUGGGCAUACAAAGAUCGCGUCGGUCAUCCGGGGGAUAUGCUGUUUGAGUCGAGCGUCUUCACAGCGACUCUCCUGCCGAAUGCAUUCAUGGUUCUAGGAAGGAAAUACUGAGAACAAUUCGUGUAAUGACAGAGGGCGGAGCCAAGUUGUCUAUAGUGUAUACAGUCUACGGGCAGAAAUCACAAUCAUGGAGGGUCAGUCCUGUAAACAGAUCAGUCCGAUGGUUCCUCAGUUUGUCAAAGUCCCGUUGACCUCGGUGGUUGCAGGAAAGCUGAGUUAAGUGUUUCCAGAAGUGUUAAUGUUCUGUGGAUUUUAAGGCGAUGUGGUUUUGUUUUGGCUCGCCUCCCAGGCUUCUGGUUAUCAGACCGGAUCAGACUCGCUCAUGCAACACACACUUAAAGAGACUCAAACUGGCAGCACGCACACUUGAGAGAUACACAACUGAAACACACAUUUAUUGUGCUCGCGAACAAACUCAUUAGCAUGAAAGUGAAAGGAGAGGUUGAGGAUCCUCUGAUGAUUCUGGGAUAGACUCUGUGUGUCAUUUCUGCACAGGGCUGGGUGAUAUGUCCUAAAAUCAACAUCACAAUAUAUUGAUUAGUUCACCUCGAUAAUGAUAAAUUGACGAUAACUUCUCCACAAGCUGCUCCCCCCCUCCCACAUUAACUUCGUCUACUUCAGCUGCUACAACUUUUGAACCGUCCUCCAUCUCCUCACCUGUCUUUACCUCUUUGUUACAGUCUCUGACGUAGGACAGACCAACUUUAAUUAUUUAUCUUUUUGACACUGAAUAUGUUGACAUGAGCAAAAUGACUUUUGUUAUCUUUUGUAAAUUUCGGUAUCGAUAAAUUUACAGUUUAUCACGCAGCCCUACUUUACAUCCUUGAGGGCGGUGUGAGACGUCUCAGUGAUCUUUCAUUGCUGUUUCGUUUGUGUUGCAUUUUUGUAUCAGCAAAAACUAGCAGUGCAAGCAAGUUUUUCAUGGCCUGAGAAUCGACCCUGAUAUUGACUAUGAAGGCAAACUGCAGUACAUCAGCUGAUCCGAGCACCAGCUCUGGUCGGCUGAUUGGCGAAUGUGAAAACAGGCGUUGUACUUAGACCACUUCAGCCCGCCUCCACCCCAGCUGAGUCUGAUUCCACCAGUGUCGUGUGUUUUGUACUUCAGGGUCAAAGUUGUCCCUGCAGAAGACGACAGGCUGCAGGGACAUCUAUAGUCCGGGAAAAGUUUCUGUUAUUGUCAGACUGUAAACUCAGCAGGUCCUGGUCCCUUCAGGUCCUCUGUUAUCGUCUCGGCCUCAGCUCUGAAACCCGCAGCAGUGUGGUGUGACAAACUUCCGACUGAGGCGAUAAACGGGCCCAAACGGACAGAGCCAUUAUCCAGCCCGAUGCAUUCAUGAAAUAAAACCCAAUGAAACGUGCUUUAUUUAUUUUACUGCCCACACAUCGGCUCACAGCUGACAGCUCUCACACGCGGGCCGAGUGCCGAGCUCUGCGCUGCAGCCUGAUAAUGAUGCCAGCUUUACUUUCUGCUAAAAUCACCUCACUUUAUGAUGGUUUGUCAGGUAAAUAAUGAUUCCCAUCGUAAUUAUUUCAGUCGAGAUAAUAAACAAUAUAUCUGCAAUGAUAAAAACAUCAACGCCGCUCCUGUCUCUGUGAGAAUUCACUUUUAAAACCCAGCCGAAGCGCAGAGAGAGUUCAUCAAACACUCUUCGGUUUUAUUUAAAGGAUUUUUAAAAAGCUAUUUAAUACUUUGAGAGCUUUAUUUUAAAAGGUGCUCUUAUAAAAAGUGCAAAAGAAAUAAAAGGAGACGUCCUCGGGAGUCACAAAAAGCUGUAGAGGUUCACGGCUGACACACCGCUCCGGUGUUUGGUAGUUACUGUUAAUGGAAAAGCUAUUUGCAGAUGUAAAGCACUUUAAACUAUAAAUCCAGGCCUGUUUUAUUUGCACUCAUUGCUCUGUUUCCAUCAGAUUUACUCUGCUGUUAUACAGACUCACAGGGAAUAUACAGAUCAGGGUUUAAAGGGAUAUUCCGACGUAAAAUUAAUUUAGGGUCAAAUACACCGUAACAACGACUUAGACACCCCCUCCAGAGAUGAAUGUUGCCGACCGCUUGCUUCUCUAGUUAUACCAACUUUAGUAACGACCGCAGAAUAGUAAUACACAGCAGUCUGAGGAGCCAUAAACAAACCUCAACCAAAACGCCACAAAUAAUGCUCAGAACAGCACCGAACUUCACCAACAGGACAUAUAGGGUCACAGACAUAGUACUAGACACCAAACAUCUUUUUAACUUUGACUAAUUUCUUUAGUUUAGAGACUAAACACAACUCACCUACUCUCUUCCAGCAGCCGCUUGUUUGUAGCAAGAACUUAGACCAUUACGGACUACAGCGGGGUGUCGCAGCUCAAGGAAGAACAUUUAUGAUCAUUUCUUUAUCAUUUCCUUGAAGUAAUAAUCACCAUAUUAAUCAUUUUGCACUGCAGACACAGUAGUUCUUCUGUCUUAGCUUUUCAGUCUGAUUGUAUUUCCAUGAAGAAAUGAUCAUAAAUGUUCUUUCUUGAGCUGCGACACCCCGCUGUAGUCCGUAAUGGACUGGCCUGAGGUCUCGCUACAAACAAGCUGCUGCUGGAUGAGAGUAGGUGAGUUGUGUUUAGUCUCUUUGCUAAAGAAAUGAGUCAAAGUUAAAAAGAUGUUUGGUGUCUAGUACUAUGGCUGGGACCCUGUAUGUCCUGUUGAUGAAGUUCGGUGCUGUUCUGAACAUUAUUUGCAGCUAUAGAGUGGUGUUCUGGUUGAGGUUUGUUUAUGGCUCCUCAGACUGCUGUGUAUUGCUAUCGUGUGGUCGGUACUAAAGUUGGUAUAAUUAGAGAAGCAAGCAGUCGGCAACAUUCAUCUCUGGAGGGGGUGUCUAACUCGGUGUUACGAUGGGUUUGCCCCUAAAUUAAUUUUACGUCAGAAUAUCCCUUUAAGGAUCAACUUUAAAACCGUUAUUUCUUUUAUUUAAACAAACCGUGAUAUUGGCGUGUGCGUAUGCUGUAUUUAGCCAUUUUUAAGCCCAAAUUUCAAUUAAAUGAUUCACAGUUUGUUACUACUCCUGAAAGCGACUUUUACCUAAAGCUGGGCGAUUGAUUGGAUUUUAAUUCUGAUCAUUAGGUGGAGAGAGGAGAGCAAGCAGAGGAGCAAGAGGAUGCAGGUGUGUGUGUGUCUGAAAAGCAAAGGGACAGAAUGAGCUUAUAAUGACAAUGAUGAUGAUGAUGCACUGUUGCAAAAGUCUCCUUUUUUAUUCAUCCAACUGGCUGUGGAGAAACCAAAAACUAUUUCACAUCCUGAGGUUCGACGAUUUAGAGAAGCGAGAAAAAGCAGGGAGAGGAAUCAGGGCGGAAAAUAUCGACCUGCUCUGAAUAUUCAGAAAAAAGGUCAGGACAUAUUCAGAGGACGAGGACAGACCUCAGGCCUCUCAGUCUGAGAGAAAUAUUCAGUCUGUGUGUGUGUGUGUGUGUGUGAGAGAGAGUGUGUGUGUGUGUGUGUGUGCAGGCAGACGGCGAGAGUUGGAGAAUCAUGACUUGACUUUUAACACCUAUUAUCUAAACUGUAAGCAGAGGCCUCCAUUUCCUCUGGAUCAGGGCGCCAUUUAAGACUCAUUAAAGAGAGGCCUGCAUAUGUGUGUGUGUUUGUGUGUGUGUGUGUGUUUGUGUGUGUUUGUACUGACUCUCUAACAAGCCAGUAAGAGGAGCAGACACGCCGCAGCAAGAAAACACCAGCUGAUAACAACAACACCAGGCGAUCUCAGACAACACGCGGCCUCUAAGCAGCUUUUCUUUGCAGCCAAAAUAAAAAUAUUUGCAAGAAAUCCACCAGAAAUGUUGUUCAAAGGCUCAGCGCGGGGAUUUAUAGGUUUGGAAGUUUUUAUUCAUGCAUAAGUAAUCUGUGCAGGAGCUUAAAACAACCAUAAUAUUCUUAGUCUGGAUAGAAACUGAGUCAGCGGUGAGGGGAAACUAAUUUGCAUGAGACUUAAUAGCCGUAUCAGAAAAGACUCGAAUCAUUACAACGGUUUCCAUCCCCGUGUGCAGCUGUGUGUUUUUGUUGCUUCAAACACGACCUGCCUCCUCUCUCCUCCACUCUCAGACCCCCACAGGACUACCCGGGCACUCAGGUCGAAAACAAAAACACAAAAAAGGGAGAGAGGAAGAACCGCAGGCGUGUUCUUUGUUCGGCGGCGGCUCUUAGCCUUCUGUCCAUUUUGUGCUCUUAGUGAGGACAGGUAGUUAAACUGUCUUGGCGAACUAAAGAACUACCAGCUGCUUUCAGCAUCCAGCAAACAGAUGCUUAGGAAACAAAAAGACUCUGAGUGGUCUCGCCUCUGAUUAUGCAUCGUUUUAUGCCUUUGUAUAAUGUAAACAGGUGUUUCUAUAUAACUCAUGAAUAGUAAAAUAAGCUAUAAGGACUGUAAACGUGGCUGUAAACGUGUUUAUUUCUGCUGUUAAGUUCGACAUUAUAGGUAUGAACUGGUAUUUUAGAGACAGCCUAGUGGACACUGGAGGAACUGCAGUUUUUAUUUAAUGGUGAAGGUCUAUAGGGUAAGGUUUUAUUUUAGUGGGGAUAACGUGAUUGUUUAAUGGGAUCUCAAAGGUAAUGGGAAAAAUAUCAUUAUGACAUUAUUCAAUAUGAUGUUAUUUCAGGAUUACAGGUGCCAAAUAUCCAUAUUCUAAGUAGAUCAUGGUUACAUAUCAUAACCUAUUGUAUCGUAUCAUAUUUUUCACUUCAUAUUAUAUCACGUUAUAUCGUAUAUCCGACAUAAUACAUCAUAUCAUAUCACAUUGUAUCAUAUCGUAUGAUAUCUUAUCAUACAUCAUAUCAUGUCACAUUAAAUCAUAUCAUGUCACGUUAUAUCAUAUCGUAUGAUAUUGUAUGUUAUCAUAUCAUAUCACAUUUUAUCAUAUGACAUAUCAUAUCACAUCAAAUCAUAUCAUAUCAUAUAUCAUAUAUCACGUAUCAUGAUAUCAUAUCAUGUCACAUUAUAUCAUAUCACAUCAUAUCAUCUAUCAUAUGUCAUAUCAAAUCAUGUCAUGUCACAUUGUAUCAUAUCUCGAAUAUCUUAUUAUUGGAUCUUUGUCUAGUCUAGCUUAGUAUCAAAUUUUAUCAUAAAAAUUUAUAUUGGUUAAUAUUACUUUUGUAUCAUGUUUCACUGUAUCAUAAGUCAGUGUAUUGUAUAACACUGCACUAUCAUGUGUACCAUUCCAUCUUAUGCUAAUAUAUUAGACCGUACUGUCAUAUUUUACUGCAUCGUCUCAUAUUUAACAUGAUUUAUCGUCUCAUCUCAUAUCUAAUUUUGCCAUUUUGUAUCGAUUUGCAUUGUAUCAUAUCGUAUCCAAAUGUAUCGAUUGACAUCAAAUUGUAUUGUAAUGUAUCAUAGGGGGUGAAUCGUGGAGUAUCGAAUCGGCGGGGAGUCAAUGUAUCGCAAAUUAUAUCGUAUCGUUGCAUCGAGAUGGGUAUCUUAUCACCACAGUAAUGGAGAUGCACAUCCCUAAUCUAUAUACAUAUAUAUUAUCUCAUAUCAUAUUCUCUUCCAUCGUAUCCUGCUGUGUUGGAUCAUAUCCUAUCAUAUAUGAUGGUCAUAUAUUAUAUUGUAUUGUAUCAUAUAUCAUCAUUACUCUCAUAUGACACUGUUUUGUGAGGUUUGAGGGGAUUUCCAUUCUCAUUAAUUCAUGUAUACAAAAGAAAAUUAAGGUCAAGUGAAAAGCUGCCGCCCUGAUGGACCCAGAAUCCAGGUUUUUCAGGAUACGAGUGCUUGUAAUAAUAUUUGGAUCGCAUUUUAACACCCUGUUGUGUCAGAUCUGAGGUUUAAUUGUCUUGUUAGUAACAAACCGAACUGCCAGCAGGCCCCGGUGACCCGACUCGCUUUAGUGAGACUUCCCUGGAGGUCAAUUACUUCCUGCUCGGCCUCUGCGUCAGACUCCAGAACGAACCUGGAAGCGGUCUUUGUGUCCCUCUGAUCUGUUCAGCAUGAAUAAAACAUCAGAGCCCUUAUCGUCACGCUGCACUCUCUGCUUCCCAGGUGAAGAUUAGUCUGCCGCAACAGCUGAUGGAGCCAAACGAGCAGAGCGUCUGCUGGAGGCCUCCGGGCCGCUCUGUCAGACACUUUGCUCUGCCUUCCAGGAAAUAAAAAAAAAACACUCACAAAAACUGGACAAAUUAGUCCUCCGUCACAGGGGAAGAGAAGGAGGAGGAGGAAGAAGAAGAAGAGGAGGAAGAAGGCAGGGUGGUAAUUAGACAGCAGGUUGUUCUGCAGCAUCUGCUCAACAUCACUGUCGCAGCUGAAGGAUCAAAUCUCUGCAACCUCAUUUCUUAUCUUGGUUUACUCGGGCUGCUGUUUGAGCUCUGUCACAUUUUCUCUCCCUUUCAUUAGAUGUUUGUUCAGCAGCUUUGAGGACAGUGCCAGGGAAAGCUCUUCAGUUUGGAGUGGUGUUGGUGUUUGAAAGUAUUGACAAUUUCUAACCGACGAAAAACACACACAAUCGCUCUCAGAAAAUUACAACUGAACACGCUUUGGCAUUGAGAUUAUUUCACCUUCGUUAAAGAAGUUAAAACUUUUUCUACUCAAUUAGACCCCCUUAAAAAAAGAUUAGACACAAAGUUUAAUUAUCGGGUUUUAAAUGUGCACCAUAUUUACCGCAAAAGCGUCUCUGCGUCCUGUGAGGCAGCGAGGAGGUGGAGGAGGAGGCGGUCGGGAGGUUUCAUGUUUUAUUCAAAGCGAACAAAGAAAAGCUCUUCACACAGGAGCUCAUCCAGCUGCUGCGGUCAGGAGGUUUAAAAUAGAUCCAGGAACAAAUGGACAACAGGAGCCGAGCCGCUCGGAGCGUUUAGUCUUCAUUAGAGUGAGCAGAACUCCGAUUCAUCUUCAUAUUUUAACACCGUGGGAGCUCCUCUGGGGGAUCUGACAAUCUCACGCUCUGAACUUAAAAUUGAUAACUGACCAGGACGAGUGCGAUGUGGAGUAAGCGGUGAGGAGGCCGUGAUGGAAGGCAGAGAAGAGAGACACACAGGAGGCAGUAGGGAACGUAACCUCAACUGCAAACAAACAAAAAUGGCGCCUUUCUUCCUGUUUUUACAAGAUGUGUUUAUACGUGUUUUUACAGCCUUAUGUUUUAUUCACACCUUCACAAAAACGUAUUUUAAUGCCUGUUUGUUACUUUAAAGGAUAUGAUACUGAUCGGUUAUUAAAUCUAUAAAAUUCUUGACAACUUUUUCUAAAUUUAGCCCAAAGUUCUUGAACGAAGCACUUCAAAUCAUCAAACAUUUGCAGCUGCUCUAAAGAGCUCCUCAGUUGCUCUGAUUUUGGCGCCCCCUGCUGACAAAGUCCUUGUUAUGUUAGCGUCUAUUUCAGUCUCAUUGUCCUUAAUAUAAACAGACACUCUUGUUGCUUACUGUCUGAUUAGUGUUUCAUCGCCACUAAAACUCCUCACUGCAGCUUUAAUCGUCGUCAUGUUUGUUUCUAAUAAGAAACGUCAGAAAAGUGACUCUUCGUAAACGAACGUUGCUCCUUCACUCAGCAUGUGUUCCUGAUGGUUUUCACUCUGUAUUCGGCUCCAAAUCCCGCUCAGCGAAACUAGAUCAUGUGUGUCUCUGAGCGUGAUGCCGAUUUGAAGUCCCAUCAUGCAUCAGCGAUGGCGGUAUUUUACAUGAAUGUCACGCUGCCUCCGUCUCCUGUUUCACGUCUCUGCUGCGGAGGAUAUAGUCCUCUGCUGUAACAAAGCUGAAUCGAUAUGACACAGAAGCAGACGCUCUCACCUCACUGUGAAAUGAAGAACCUCAGUGUGUGUGUGUGUGUGUGUGUGUGUGUGUGGGAGAGAGAGAGGUGAAUUAAAGUGCACCUCUGAUUGAAUCUGCAUCUGUGACUCUGAAAUGUUUUGCAGAUUUUAUUGAGAAACUAAAAAAAUCUGGUUUUGAAAUAUGACCAUAAACUCUAACUGAGCUACGGUUUUGAAAAUGAGGCCGACGGAUUUAAGAGGUUCUCCGACAAAAGUGACCAUGAGCUGUAAUAAGAUACUUAAAAAUGCCCUUUAGCUGAGCUGAAUGUUAAGACUGUAGCUGCACGAAUUAAAAACAAAAUUUAUUAUGUCAAAAGCAAACUUCUGUAUAUCAAAGUUUCUGUGAGGAAGUGAAAUUUGGGUCAAGUUUGGUGCCCCCUGUGGACAAAGUAGUCCUUGCAUAUCGUGUCCUCUAAAUGCUUAAGUAGUAAAAAUCUCCUCCUGACUUUUGACAUUCAAAUGUUUAAUUUACUUUGAAAUUUUUAGUUAUUAGUUAUAAAAACAUGUUUGUUUUUAAAGUUGCUUGGCUAAAACUUAAUCAUCAGUCUUUUAUUUUUAUCUUUUAUAUCCAGGCUGUAAAAUAGUUAUUUUUUGUUUUUUUGGCUUGGUGUGUAUGUGCUCUCUUGGGCUUCUGCAGCCAGCCUCUAGUGGACACUCAGGAAAUUGCAGUUACUAGGACUUUCAGCUCAGGGCUCGACAGUGCAACCAUGCGACUGAAAAUAGAUGUGUGCGAAUUGUAAAAUGUAUUUGGGGUCAUGUGCGCAUUAAAAAAAAAUCAGCCGAAGCGACAAAUGUUUUUUUCAUGUAAAUGUCGCCGUGAAGUUGGUUUUAGGUUGGAUAUUCAACGGACAUUCACUGCGCUGCUAAGACGCUGCUAAAUACAAGGGACUGACCAAUUUUAGCCCGUUUGAGACUAAUCGGUAAUCGGCCAAAACUCGCAGAUUUUUGCCGAUAUUUUCAGAAAUAAAGUGAAGAGAAUAAGAUUCGGUUUCACUUUGAAAAUUUUGCAAUAUUUGAAAAGUUCCCCGACUUAUCCUGUAGAUGGCGCAGCGACCUCAUGACAAUCUUCAGUAGCCUACUGUAUAUCUACAGUAUAUAUAUAUAUAUAUAUUUUCAUAACUUCAUAGAAAAAUUAAAAAAAUCGUCCGAUUAAUUGGUAAUCGGAUAUUUUUCCCCCCCUAAUAAUCAGUUAGUUAGUUAGUUAGUUUGUCUAACUUUAGCAGUAAAUGUUGAAUUCGUUGAUGUUCUGUUGCGGCGCCCUGAAUCAAAUCAAAUCAGCUGGUGACUGCGGUGUGACACAGCCUCUCCUGUGUGUCUGUCUUUGUGGAGCAGCAGUGAUGAAAGGGUUAAAGGCUGCGGGCAGGUCGAAGGCCUCAGAGCAGCAGACAGAAGAUGAAGUAUUGACGUCCAUCCCUCCUGGAGACAGGGCUGCAGUGCAGGAGGGGGGGAGUUAGAUAACAAGCCAGGGGGGGGCGGGAAGGUGUGAGGGGGCGGAGGGGGGGUGAGGCUGGGUGGCCAUGACGACCGGGUCGGGCACAAGGGGAUUUGGAAGGUGGAUGUGCCUCCGGGCGGUGACUGCUGCUACGCUCCGUCAGCUCCUUUAGUUCUGCUCCGAUCCAAAAGAGGGAAUUAUGUGCAUCUCAAAUCCCCGUUUCUGCUGUAAAAUGUAUGAGGGCGAGGAACCUGAACGCAGCACAGCCGGGGUCGACGACAAACACACUCUGAGAUAAAUCAACAGAGCCAGAGUGCAGCUCCUGAGAUAACACGGCGUGGACACACACACACACACACACACACACACUCUCACUCUCUCUCAUUUGCAUGUGUUUGUGUUCGGCGGAGGUUUAAAGACUUGUCGUUCGGUAUAAUCCUAAAUUGUUUGGCUGUUAGGAGUUUGGCUUUCCUGCAAACAAGAAACAAAAAACACUCUGUUGCACACACACACAAACACACACUCAUACACACACACACAUGCAGAGGGGGGGUGCAGGCCUCCAGGCUGAGAGCUGCUGCUGAUGGAUGUUGCUGCAGGUUGGACUUAAUUAGCCAUGAACGGCCUGCAGCAGCUCGGGCUGAAGAGGUUCUCUCGAACACGCCAGGAUUUGGUGGUUUGCAGGUCAGUGUUUGUCGAGGUUGAAGUGAGACUUACCGCGCUGACUCGAGUGUAAGACGGGUUGUUUUUCUUCUCAAAGUUAAUCUGAAAAAGGGGAAUUGUUUCAUACUCGCAGUUUCAGCUCCCAGACGGCUGUCGAACAAAGAGUCUGGGUGUGUAAAAUGUCGUUAAAGACGGAUUUUGAUGGUUUGAGAAACCUUUCGACUAGGGCUGGGCGAUACGGGAAAAAGUUUAUCCUGAUAUAUUCUUUCAUGUCAGUCGAUAUCGAUGUAUAUCACGAUGUAAUGAAAUUUAACAGGGUUCACCUUCACAUCCUGGGUUUAUUGUGUGUAAAUGCCAGAAGUAAGUAUUAUGCUGUUUUACUGUCCAAGUUGGCGCCAUCGCUAAACUGUCCUCCCUCGGGUCCUGGACUAUGUCACUUUAUCCUCGUUGUAGAAGUCCUGCAAACAUUGUGUUUGCUGGUAGUCUGUUGGCAUCUACAGUAGCACCAAUGCUGUUUACUUUCACGUUGACUGGACCCCAUUUGUAAUUAUCUGAAGCGAUACGAGCGAGCAGGAGCGUCUGUUUGUGGGCGGUGCUUUCUGGAGCGGUAGAGUUUACAUUCAAGAUUUCUCCCAAAAACUGACCCUCAGAUCCUGACUACCCUAGUCUUUCUCCUGGUCUUCCUGGUCUUCCUGGUCUCACUGGCUCAGAUCUCCAGGUCCUCGUCUCCUUCAGCUGCUCAGCUUUAGAGGGAUUUUUGCGGCCAAUGGCGGCCAUUUUUAGGAGGAGGGGAGGUCCGCAAACAGUAAUUACAGGCCAUUACACGGCUCUUCAAAGACCACUCAGCUGUGACAGUUACACACACACACACACACACACACACACACACACACACAUACACAUAUCCACGCACACACGCAGAGUGAAGCGGGAAUCGGAGGCUUUUAUCUCCAGGAAAAUGUGGAUAAUUUAAGUCGGCCGCACAUUUUCUGAGGCGUGGAGGCCUGUCAUUAUCAGACAUGACUCCCCCUACAAGCUGACAGCACAACACUGAACAUUGUUAGUGAGUGUGUGUGUGUUUGGUGUGUGUGUGUGACAGAGAUUUGUCCUCAGACGUGCCCUGCUUCAGAUAAUACCCUCUGUAAAAAGUCGCUUUGUGGUAUUUUAGGACCAAAUCAGCCGUUAAGCUUUAAAGAGCAAAACUGAUGCAGGAUAAGAAAUGAGUCUGAAAAUUAAAAAGCAGCAGGAUUCACCUCUGAGGGAAAUAUUUUAAAAUAACACGCCACUCUUGGGUUCUGGUUUGGCGCCCCACGUACAGAGGCUAAAAUAAGAAAGGGCGACUCACUGGGUCAUCACUACCUUAUCGCAUCAUUUCUUAUAUUAGGGGUAACUUUUUUUAUUUCCGAUACAAUUCCGAUAUUGUAGCCUUCAGUAUUGGCCGAUACAGAUAUUGAUCCGAUAUUAGCACAAACUUGUGCGUGACAAGUUUUGCACUCAGCUGCCACAUCUUUUUCAGACUCAGACAAAAAACACAGCCGACAUCACUCCUACUCCUUUCUAUUUUUUUGUUAGUUCCUCAGUUCUCACUGUUGUUGUGACUAUGAGGGCUCCCCCUGGUGGAUCUGGGCACUGCUAGAUAGAGGUUCUGGAGCGGAGUCUGGGAUGGACUGCUUGUAUCGGAGAUUUUCGAUGCAGGACGAUAUUAAUCGAAAUCGGAUAUUAAUAUCAGAUCGGGACAUCCUUAUUGUAACAAAACCUAAUGUAUAGUUUGUAUCAUAGCUUACUGUGUCGUAUCAUAUUGUAUGGUAUUGAAUAAUAUUGUAUUGUGUCAUAUAUCAUAUUGUAACAUUAUGUAACAUGACAUAACAAAACCUUAAUGCAAGUAAUGUAUCAUAUUAAAUUGCAUUGUAACGCACUCAAAUUCGAUCAUACUGUAUCUUAUAUCAUAUUGUAACAUAAUGUAACGAAACCAGAGUAAUAGAACGGAACAAAGUGUAACAUAUUAUAUCGUAGUGUAUCGUUUCAUAACGUAUCAUAUCAUAUUAUUGUUAUCCUAAUCCAUGUAAUCUCCUAUGGUGUCCUAGAACCAUCACAUCAUAUUUGUAUCCAGCUGUAUAAAAAUCUAAUCUAAUGGUAUCAUUUCUUAUUCAGUGUAUCGUAUGAUUAUGUUAAAUUUAAUCAAACUAAUUACACUAUUUUGUAAGAUGUCGUAUCAAGUCAUAUUCAGUUGUUUGUGUCCUGUCAUAUUGUCUAGUAUAGUACCCAGCCUCUCCUGUCAUGUCUUAUCUUUCGUUUUCUGAUCUCAUCUUACUGUUUCUCAUCAGAUAGUCUCAGAUAUCUCGUUUGUGAAACUGCACUGACCUCAUGUCUGUGGAAGAUGAUUUUAUCAGCCUCUCUCUGCGUUGAGUCCUCAGUCUGCUGUGUCAUCCUGCUGAAUCUGAUGAGAUUUUCUCUUUGACUUCUCCUUCUAUGUUUAUAUUCUCAGACAUUUACUUUAUUGUGUUGUUGGCGUUGAGUUAAUUCAUCGCUGUAAACUCGUCUAAAGCUCCGGCUGGUUUCAGGAGUUAUAAUCUCUCCUUUGACCAACAGUCAGAAAUCUUUCUUCUUUAAUUACUUUGGAUUGAAGAUGAUUGGGUCAUCAGUUAAAACUGACUUCACUUCUCUGCAAACCCCCAAAUCUCCCCCCUGAGGAUUAUCCCAUGACAGAUUCAUGCGCUCCCCUGAUCCGAGAGUCUUCCCGUUAUUUCCCAGGUGUUAACUUCCUCGUUCACCUGUGGCUUCUGGGGCAUGAAGCCUCGCCGCUCCCUCUGAUGAACAAUCACCUCCACUGUUGUUUUUUCUUAUGUGUCCGCCGUAUUUCCCCCCGCAGCAGCUCUUCUCUCUGUCUGUGUUUAUUGUUCAUAAACUCGUAAAACCGUCAGCUUUUUAUUCAGAGUGAAAGUCUGAUCGGCGCGCAGAUGUCGGAUUUUACAGCUGGUACUUGUGGAGGUGCUGAGGGUCUGAUUCACUUUAUUGAUCUUCCUGCUCGGCAUCUGUCUCCGCGUUUAACCCUUUCCUUUUUUCUUUCUCUCUGUUGUAGAUCUGUCAGAGAAGAAGAGCGACCUGAGGGUGUGCGAUGACUCCACCUGUCGAUACGGAGGCGUCUGCAGGGAUGAUGGAGCUCAGCUCAAAUGUGUUUGCCAGUUCCAGGUAGGAAAAUAUCAAAGUACUUCUGCUCCGUCUGAGUUUUUUUUGUGUUUUGAACGUCAUGAAAAAACUUUUUUCGGGGCUCAGAGCUACGAACCCAUUUUUACUGAUAGACUGAACUCUAACAGGAGGAGGCUGAUAAUUUUCCUGGAUUAUUCCGAUCAGCAAAUUCAUCUAUAAUUGGGAGAAAAAUGAUAAAGUCUGGGCUGAAAGACGAGAGCAGAGACAGGAAAGUGACCAGUCAAAGUGAGUCCACAUAAAGGUUCUUGUUUUUGUCCCUCCAAAACUCAGAUUAUUAUUUUGAGAGUUUGAUUGAAGAGGAAGAGGAUUUUUUUUUUUUUUAAAUACAAAUAUACCAGGGUUCAGUGAAAAAAGCAGCAACUCUGAGCAGAGUUAGACCAGCAACUCCUGUGUUAGGUGAGGUAAAAUUCAUGUUUUUGUGAAUGGAGUCUGGUUAAGUGCUGGUUAAAGCUCCUAUGAGGACUUUUUUACGUCAAUGAAAUUGACUAAAAUUCAUAUUGAUGCCUUUUUAUGAUUUUUAAAAGCAAACAAGACCAUCAGGAACAAGACUGGAUAUUUGUAUAUCCUCGUUUUUAAUGCCUGAAACCGCUGUGAGGGGGUAGGCGUCAGAAAAAAGUUCUGUUUUUACAGUUUUUCGACCAAAAAAUGAACGAAUGAACGACACGUGUCACCCAGUGAAUGAUGCUGUGAUUUCAGCAACAGGGGAGGGGAGGGCCUUAUUCAAUGAAAGAACUCGCCGCUGUGUCACUCACUCGUGUUCUGCACCAGCAGGACGGGGCUCUGAAGCACUGACUGAUUCAGUGAACGAACCUUUUGAACGAAUCCUUUUAAUGAACGGGUUCUAAAAGAACUGUUCUUCCAUCACUAGCGCCAAAGUUUUCACAAACUAAAAGUUACUCAGAGGAGCUUUAAACAAAUGUACAUUCUCUUUAAAACAAUAAAUGUCCAAUUAAACUGAAUUUUAAUUACAUAUUGAAAAACUUUCUCUCUGGUACGGCGGACAUCUGGGCUUAAGAAGCCGAUUUAAAAUAAACAAACUUUGUUUGCAGACAGUAAAGGCAGCAGACAGCAGAUCAAACCUGACAGCUGUUAGUUUAUAUUCUGCUCUUAUGUUUGGAAAAAUGGAGUUUGAUAACGACUCGGACAGAAAUUUCUGCCAUGUUGUGAAAACUUCAGCGUUUUUCUUUUUCAUGAAUGAAUUAAAUUCAAUCUGAAACCUGUUUUUGUUACUGCAGUGUGCAGGUAAUGAUAACUUUUGUUAUUCUUAUUCUGAUUUCAUUAUUAUAUUAUAUUAAAUGCACAAAAACAAACUCAACAUGAUAUCGGCACUUUUAUCGGCUAAUGCUCUGUAAUAUCGGCCAAUGAAAAACCGAUAUCAGUCGACCACUUCACCCUCCACUAAGGGGUCAUAAAGCCUACUUUAUUAAAUAAAUCAUUAAUGCAUGGAUUAAAAUAAACAUAUCAUUAAUUCCUGUUAGUGUCACUUCUGAUAAACCCACCAUGACUUAAUUCAGCGACUCCGUCUUUAAAUACAGCGUAGAGCUUCACUUACACCCCACACAUGUGCUCAGCCUCUUGGCUCAGAUAUAAGAUCUUUAUAUUCCUUUAAAUAUUCAUAAUAUUGUGAAACAUUAAGUAUUACUUAUGGUUUAAUAUUGAGGAAAGGAGUAAAGUCAUUUUAAUUGCAUCAUUAUUGUUCCCACUGUGUUUUUUUAACAUUAACAACAGCGAUAUCAAACGCAUCAGUGCAGCGGGGAAAUUACAGGAUAACAUGAGGAAAAAAAAAACACAAAAUGAAGCUAAUUAAGGGUAAUGGUGCAGUUUAAAUAUUUACACUCCUUUCAUCAGCAGGAGAAAUAUCUUAUCUCUUUAAUAUUGUUAAAUUUUGUAGGAAAAGUUGUGAAUAUUUAUAAAGAGAUGAAGUUUUUAUGUUUUAUUACGGGGCAAAGCUAAGUCAUGGUCAUAAAAACUGCUUGUAUUUCCAGUUAAUGUGGUUCACACCAACUUUUAAUGAUGUAACAGUGAAUUAAAGUUCCUUUAACUGAUGAAUCAUUAAAGAUGAAACCAUUAGAUGAAAGCAUGAGGACUCCAUCACUCGUUAACGGUGAGCAAAAGUGUUAAAUGAUACAUCUGAUAUUAAUUCAUGCGUUGAAUAAUCACGGCUCAUGCAUCACUUAGAAGUGAAAUUAGAAAUACAAUUUUCACCCGUAUUUGUACGUGUUACUGCCCUUCUCUAGAGGGAUCCUUUUUUAAUAUUUUGCAGAGCAUAACAGCCUGCAGGACUUUAAAUAUACUUUAACCCAGAAGUGAGAGUUAAUAAGAAUAAACGGCUAAUCCGAGCGGACUUGACAUUCAGUGUUAAAUGAAGCAGGAAGUGACGCCCUUUUAAGGCCGUGCUGGCUCAUAGAUCUGCAAAGUUGCUUUGACUCUCCGUAGUUUAUGGACCAGGAGAGAUAAAGAGGUUCCCCCGGGGUUGCCUCCUAAAGUUUGAUGAAUCAGAUAAUUAGUCCUGAGGACCUGUGGCCGACUGACUUUCUGUGAUCAUGAACUCUGCGUGUUUUACUCUGCAGAGGAGAAGGACCACCUCAGUUCAAAGGUCAGCAUCCUUGAUAAUGUAGGGAUGUAUAUAUAUAUAAGCAGAGUGGGAGCUUGUCAACAGGUAAGGCAGGCAGUUGCAUGGGGCCCCAGGACACUAAGGGGCCCCCAAAGGCUGAUGAACCCCAGUCUUAUAUUCGUAGGCCUGUCGCGAUAAUCAAUAAAUCGCCUUAUCGCUCGGUAAAUAAAAACGAGGUCGGUCAUUUUGCCAGCCUCGAUAAUUAACGUGCGUUUGUUUUCCUCCUCUCUCGCUACCAAACACGCUGGAUGAGAGAAGAGGUCUCACUCUGCGCAUUUUUCUCGGCACCUGGGGGCGUUGGCUCUAUAGCAGAAUGAACGAAGUGAGUGAACCCUCCUGUCAGUCAUUCAGUGUCUUUGUCACGAGGGGGCUGGCGCGCACAGGCACACAGACACAGACUUUUUGGAUACAGUGCUGCUAGUGAGCGUCGUGAGUGAAAAGCAAGCUAACAGAAUGAACACGACAGCUUUGGUGUCUAAACCGAACGCAACAGCCCAAGUGUGGGAAUAUUUCGGCUUUAAACCAGUUUUGUUUUCGUCAACCACAAAACUCCACGUGUGUGUGUGCGCGCGCGUGUGUGUCUGUGUGUUGGAGGAGCACAGCAGGCUGAUGAGAGCUGUCAGAGCGGACUGAAGCUGCUGCUAUAUGUUUAGCGUUUAACUGACUGAGUUUUGCAACUCUGUUCGUCAUUUUCGUCUCGUCCCAUCAACGUAAACGCACUUUCGUCUCGUCACAUUUUAGUCAUCUCCGACUUAUGUUUAGCUCGUCAACGUAACGUCUUCGUUGUGGGUGAAAUUAAAGUUUAUCACUUUUGACAUGGUGUACUCGCAUUAUUAUGCCAUAUAAUAUCAUUAUCUAUAAUUUAAAAAACGGUGUCAAUAAUAUCGUUUAUCGGCGAUAAUUUGUAGCACAAUUAUCGUCCAGCAAAAUUUGUUAUCGUGACAGGCCUAUAUAUUCGGAUAAGGCAAGCGCUAAAAUAACUUUCGUAGAUGUAGCCAUCUUGUUUCCGCCUCUGAUUUUGCUUUUUUCUGACUUGGUAACUGAAACGGUGGGAACUCAGGUGUGACGUCAUCUUCAGCUCGGACGUCUGACUUUGCGUUUGUAAGGUACAAUACUAAAAUUUCACCGAAGUAAACAGAACACUGGUUAGGUUGGGAUUUGGACGGAAAAAAAACGCUAACCCCCUCGUGGCGGGGCUUACUGACACGUCUCCAUAAAUGCUGACAACUUUUGCUUCCAUCCAGACUUUGCCCGUUUCAGGGAAAACCUUAUUUUUCAGUUAGGACCUUAUUCUAGCAAAACAAUACCAAAACACAAUCUGCAAACGUUACAACAGCAUGGCUCUGUAGUAGAAGAGUCCAGGUCCUAAACUUCCCAUACGUACUUGUAAAGUUGUCUUUGUUUUUUAAUCAACAUUUUACACACUGUCAAAUCUCUGUAGGAUUUAGGAUUGUAAUUAUGCUCGUUGAUUUAAUUUAAUCUUAUCUAGUACAAAAGAAGAAGGUCCAGCAGACUUAAUACAGCUCUUCUAAAAUAAAAUAGAAACAUCUAGUCUGUCAGAGUUUUAUGACCGCUGAACUUGUUGCACAUCAGACUCCAAACAAAGGAACCGUUUGUGUUUGGAUAAUUAUUUUUAUGAAAAGCUCAAUAUUUCCAACCUCAGACAAACUGGAGUCUGUUUUUAACGGGCAUUAAAGUGCUAAUAAGUUUGGAAACGCUUCAACACAGACUCACUUUGUGUCAUCUGGGAACGACACGAGUCUUACUCCCGAGCGCUGGAGGCGGCAAAGAACUACAAACAAAUCAGGGUUUAUGUGUUAACUUAAGUUGUCUGCUCAGCUGAUGUAGUUUUCACACCAAACGCAGAGAAGAUAAACUUCAUAACCAGCCUGACACGUCUCCCGAUCUUUAAAAGACUCCUCUCAGCUGGAGUUUGGGAUGUGAAGGAGAAAAACUGACAAACCGAGCAGGAGAAUUUCUGACGAUGAUAAGAAAGAGGAGGCCCCGCUGCUCAGUUUCACUCAGACUCAAGACGCCGUCUGAGCCCGUGGACGUGUUUCUGUUCGAUCCCCAGAACCCCCAACUGGAAGAAGUAAAAGUAAAGAUGUUUGAGGAUCAAAACCGGGUGCAGAUAAGGACCAGGUGAAGCUGCUUCUGUUCAGGUUAAGUUAGGCCUGGGCGAUUCGGCAUAAAGAAUGAUCACGAUAUAUUUUGUCAGACCAUUAUGACGACGUGAUUAUUAUCAUGAUUUUUUUUUUGAAUUACCACUUUUAAAGCAUCUAAAGACCAAAGAAACUAGUGAUUAGUUCAACAUUUUAUUAACAUACAAAGUAAAUAACGAAGAAAAUUGAUUAAGAUAAACUUAGAAUAAAAAAAAAAUGAAUAAAAAACUAAAUAAUACAGUGAACUAGUUUACAGUCCUGAGUGUUAAUGCAGGUAUACAAGACCCAAAAUAAACAAAUCGCCCCCUCAGAGAUAAUGAAGACGCCUUAAAAUGUAAACAUAAGAUUAUGUAAACGUAGAUGUUAUGAUUAAUCGCUUUCAUGCUUUCCUCAUAAUCACUCGGGAAGAGCUUCUUCAAAUGAUUAAACAGAUUUGUUGUGUUGCCGGUUUUUGAGGGCAACGACCGCCAACAUUCCUUUAACAUCGACGUCACUUUGGAGAUACCCGAACCACCGCCACAUAACCGACGUUGAAUAACUUCUUAACAAUAAGAUCUUCGGAGGAUGACUCAAAGUCACGGUUGACAUCUGUUUUGCUGCCUUCAGCUCCGCGUUUAGCGCCAUGUUCGGUCAUCCUGUUUAGAUCUCCAGCAAUGUACAGCAGUGAGCAGGAAAAGCUCGACUCUGAUUGGCACAUUUCCGCUCCAUUUGAUUGAGUAAAUAUACUCACAGCUGAUCUCCGUGGUUGAACUGAAAUUUAUCACGAUCAUAUAAUCCCCAGUCCUCGGUUAAGCUUUGUAAAACAAAGUCACGGUGUGCGCUCAGAAAGUCGUGUCAGUUUGUUGUGCUGCUGCUGUAUUUUAGCAUGAAGAUAUCUGUUUAUAUCGACGAAUAAAUCAAAGUCAGAUGUCAUCUUAAUGGAUUUGGUUCUGUCUGCUUUUGCUCUCAAUACAAGCUGUUAUUCCUGCGGACACCAAAAACUCCUGAUUGGUCAAUACUGUGAAUCGAACCGACCAAAACCAGAACCCUGCCCUAGUUAAAACACACUACACUGAGUACUGAAGUUCAGAAGCAGAGCAUACGUGCACUCGUAGUAAAUCUGUGAGUUUGUGCAGUCUGCGCCGGCUGGGCAGAGGUCAGCGGGGUCAGCUCUGCAGGGGGGCUCCUGCUAAAUGAUUGAUGGCUGUGAGUUAAUAGAAUAUGGAUUGCUGAACAUUGAUAUGUGUCCUUGGCAGCUUCAGUGUGUGUCUGACAGCAGAGUCAAGUUAAUUUGUGUUAACCUUCAUGCAGAGUAAAUUAAACUCCUCAAACUGCUCCUCCGUUUACAUCAUUUUUAUCCUCCCGACACAAAGAUUUAAAUUACUGACAGCUUCAUCUCCUUUCUGCUGGAUUUUCAGAAAUAUAGUAGAAAAAAAAUCAAUGUAUAUUCAGUGUGAGGAGUCUCACUGACCUUUGACCUUGCUGAUAUCACAGUUUUGCUAUUAUUGGACGUUUUAAAUCUACCGAAUAAUUGUUCAGGGACAAAAACAACAACUUUGAGACGGCUGACUUUGAUUGGGAGUGUUUGCAGGGACUGUAAAGCAGCCAUCACAGCCUGUUGCAUCACGUUGCAGUUUGACCCGCGAGCCGAGGUCGCAUCCAGACUUAAUUAACAUUUGAUUGUUGUUUGAUUUCCAGUGCCACAAACACUACGUCCCCGUGUGCGGCUCAAACGGUGACACCUACCAGAACGAGUGCUACAGGCGACAGGCGUCCUGCAAACAACAGCGGCUCAUCUCCCGGGUCUCUGACGGGCCGUGCUCCACCGGUGAGUCUGCAGAAAAAAAACACACACACGGGGUCAGAGUGAUGGAGUCCUGAUAUAACACUGAUUGAUCGUGGGUGGGACAGUGUUCAUCAGAAAGUGAAUAACAGCGCUUCGUUUUGUGGACAUCAGUCAGUGUCUGUUACUGUUUCUGACGUUUAAACGGAGGAAAUAAUUCAGCCGCUGCCUCAUAAAAGGAAACAUAACUUCACUUCUUUUGUGGUCUGAUUAUAUUAAAGGAUGAUUUCACUUUAAUGAACGAGUAGAGAGGGAUCUGGGUCUGAGAAAUGAACUGUUAGGAGAAGAACUGCAGUACCUCUGGUGACCACUAGAGGCUGGCUACAAGUCUGAGUCAGUCUCCAUAGAGCCCCAUGAUAAGAUAUCCAACUUGAAAGCAGGAUUAAACAUGAUAACUGCCUGGUAGAAGUGAGAAAUGAAGUGGAAGGAGAACAACUGCAGUACCUCUGGAGACCACUAGAGGGUAGAGACGAGUGUGAGUUAGUCUCCAUUGAGCCUCAUGUUAAAACAUCCAUCUUUACAGUGGAACUAAACAUGUUUUCAGCUCUGUAUAAAUGAGAAUUUAAGUGUCAGGAGAAGAACUGUAAUACCUACGUUGACCACUAGAGGCUGGAUACAAAUGUGAGUCAGUCCCCAUAGAGCCCUAUUUUAAAAUAUCCAACUUUACAGCAGAAUCAAACAUGUUUUCAGCUCUGUUUAAAUGAGAAUUUAAGUGUCAGGAGAACAACUGUAGUACCUCUGGUGUCCACUAGAGGCUGGCAAUGAGUGUGAGUUAGUCUCCAUAGAGCCCCAUGUUAAGAUGUCCAACUUUAAAGCAGAAUUAAACAUGUUUACAGCCUUGUAGAAGUGAGAAAUGAAGUUUUAGUAAAAGAACUGCAGUACUUCUGGUGACCACUAGAGGCUGGCUACAAGUGCGAGUCAGUCCUCAUAGAGCCCCAUGUUAAAAUAUCCAACUUUAAAGCAGGAUUAAACAUGAUUACUGCCUGUUAUAAAUGAGAAUUUAAGUGAAUGGAGAACAACUGCAGUACCUCUGGUGACCACUAGAGGCUGGCUACAAGUAUAAGUCAGUCUCCAUAGAGCUCCAUGUUAAAAUAACCGACUUUACAGCAGAAUUAAACAUGUUUACAGUGUGGUACAAAGAAACUUUUUUAAUUCAUGACACCUUCACAGGCUGAAUUUAUGUUUUACUAAUUUGGUUUAACGAUAUACAUGUUUAAAUUUGUCCACACAGGCUUCAGUUGAACUGUAAAUAUCAAGGAUCAUAAUGGUUUUGGCGUGUAUUGAUUAGGGACGCUGAUUUCUAAGUGCUUAUUCGAACUUGUCUCCUGCUUUUCUCUCAGGAUCAGGUCAGCUGAUGGCUCUAUAAUGUGCCCAUAAUUGCUUCAUUAAUACUUCGGAUUCUGCGGCGCUCGUCUUCGCCGUCAUUAUACUUUUAAUUGACUGAACACCAAACCGAGCGCUCGUCCUCCGUUCUUUCCCUGAACUCUGCAGAACGUCAUCAGUCCCAUUGAUUUCAGGGAAUGAGCCGGCUAAUCAACCGCGGAUCAAUUUUAAUUAGGAGCGUGGAUGAGAGCCGUUGAAAAUCCUCCCAAAGCUAAAUGGCUCCAAAAGAGGAGUUCGGGGACCCUUCCAGAGGUCCUCCAGAGGUUUCAGAAGGGACUGCAGCGAAACCAGGAUUAGUCUCACUUCUCUUAGCGUCUCUUCAGCAGAGAGAGAGAGAGUCUUUUCUUUAACAACAUCUGAGGAUCCCUGAGAGUUUCUCAUCAGGAAACGUUUGACAUUAAAGAGUUACCAGUCGAGUUUCUGAGAGAGAAACAGCAACAUCACUCUCUUCUGUGUGCGAGAGAGACAAAAUUUUAUUCAGGAGAGUUUGUUCAAAGACAGCGCCGCAGAAAAUCGAAUGUUUUUGUCUAGAAACCUGAUUGACAGACUUUUUUUUUAUCCAUCACAGGAAAUUCAAGCUCACAAACUUGUAAGAUCAGUGUGGCUUUUAAUCCACCUUGUAAGACACUAAUAAAAUCACAUGAGCUGCAUUUGGAUCUAGUGAAUAUUAAGUGUCUUUAGAUGUAAUUAACUGAGAUGCUCUCCAACAGGGGUGUGUCUAGAAGGGUCGGUCAGGGUGGCAUGGGCCCCUUUUGAAAUCUGAUUCACCACCCGACCUAUGAGUGACUUUUUUUUCUUAUCAGAGGCAGGACUAACCGAUUCACGUUUUAAGAUCGCACAUUGUCUAUUCUCUGUACUUUAAAUUUCAGAAAAACAUAAAAAAAUACAUUUAUUACUUGAGAUGGUUGUAGAAGAGGAACUGCGAGCAAACUGGUAAAACACCUCAUUGUUAGGAGUCAAGUAGGUAUGAGUGAUGACGACAAACGAGGUGCUUUUCAUUUGAGUUUGUGCACAGAAAUAGCCACCCCUGCAUGUAUCUGCACCUUAAUCAGUCCACCCCAGUCAAAAAACUCUGUAUGAACUAAACAUGCACCGAUACAUUGGCCGGCCAAUCGAUCAGUGCCGAUUUACUCAAUUUUGGAGGAUCGGUGAUCGGCUGAUCCUUACGUAUGAAACCGAUUUUAUCCACCGAUCUUACCGACCUCAGCAAAGGUCUGAAAGUCAGCCGUUUAGUUUUUCCUGUAGAUUAUUAUUUUACUAACUUCCUCAAAUGUUGUGAUUUCCUUUAUUUGUAAAAGCAAAAUACUGCUGUGUACUUUAUUUUGGUGAAAGGCUCAAACAGGCCUGCAGUCUCAUCUGUUGCGCAAGUAUUUUAAAUUUUUAAAAUGUGGAAAAUAACAGAACUGAAGGAAGUGAUAUAAUUUAGUAGUUUGGACAGAAAUAUUCUCAACUUUUCAUGAAUAUUUGAGAGAACUACCUCAUGUGCAGCUAAAACAAACACAAAAUGUUUGUAUUGUUCCACAAGUAUUGUUUAAUGUUUUUCAUUAAAAUAAGAUUGGAGCAUCGAAGGUGGAUGUUAUCAGUUAUUUAAAAAAAAAAAAAGUAUCGGCCAAAAUCGGUAUCGGCAGAGCUUUUUAAAGAUUGGUGAUCGUCCAGAAAAUUGUGAUUGGUGCACCCCUGAAUGUGUUCGUUGUUCUUCUUGCAGACAGACGUGAAAAAUCAUGACGUUUGAUUUGCAUCAUGAUGGAGUUGUUACGGCGUCCGUACGGCCUUUCCAUUAAAGUUAAUUAACGUUUAAAUCUGUUUAUUUUGGGCUCGGCGUGCUGAAGUCAGCCAGCUAAAUGAGGUGAAACUGCCUCUCAGUGCAGACAGAUGGACGGACCGGCGGUGCAUGAGGACGAUUUUAUUUCCUCAAACCUUCAGGCUUAAUGCUCCACAGAUGGUUGAUCUGCAGCUUUCAAUCAGACUCACGCCGAGGAUGAACCAACAGGUUAGCAUGGUCCCCAUCACACGCCCGGCAGGCUCUCUGGAUCCAGUCGACGGAGAAACAUGUCCUGGAAACUUACAGUAACACCACCCUGUGCUGGUAAUGCGCCGGUCAACUCCAUCUGCAGGGGCAGCAGCCUGAUUUCCCAUGAGGCCCUGUCCGGCGCUCUGCUCUUAUUACCCGUUACACCAGGGAUCCGGCUCUGUGACUCGCCCCCCACUUUCCUCACCUCCCUCCUGUCCUUCUGCAAUUUCCUCUCCUCCAGAUUUAUGCUUCCUGUAAUUGGAGCGUUGGGCGGCAGCGAGCCGAGGCGACGGCUCGGAUAUUCAGCUGAGUUUAUUUUCCCGGGCAGGAGGAGCGAUUCGGCGUCUUUCACAGAACAGACUGUGGGGUCGUGUCGGGAGGGGAAGGCUGAGACCUCCUCCCACAGAUCUGAUCACGGGUCAGGACAGAGACGGUCUGAGUGAGAAACAUCGUCUCAGGGCUCAGGUCUCACUCUGUCAACGUUGGAUUUUUGACUUUCGGGUUUUUGAUGAAAGAGGAGAAGGACAAAAGGACGAGAGUGACGCCUGCAGCAGGAAGAAGAGGACGUGUCUCAUUAUGAGCUUCUUACCUGAAAUAUGAACAACUUUACUCGACUUCAGUUUGACUCCUGUCCUCAUGACUCGACAUGUUUCUCUUAUAGACUGAAUGAAACAUGGAUGUAGUCUCAGUGAUGUAGGAGCUGAGUUUGUUGCCUAUCAUUGGUGGAAAUGCUGACUCAUCCUAACUUCAGGUCCACCUAGCUUGAGACAAAGAGGUGGUGUUAAGACGGGCCUGUGUGUCUCUCUUUAAGUCUAGUCAGCCAUGCCUUUAAUUAUGCAAAAAUUUUAACCCUGUUUUCUUGUAAACCGAUGAGUUCAACAUUAUGGACUACUUUGGGGUGACGCAGCUCAAGGAAGAACAUUUACGAUCAUUAUUUUCUCAUUUCCUUGAAGUAAUAAUCAUCAUAUUAAUCAUUUUGCACUGCAGACAUGGUAGUUCUUCGGCCUUAGCAUCUCGGUCUGAUUGUAUUUCCACGAAGAAACUAGAGAAGCAACAUUUAUCUCUCGAGGGCGUGUCUAACGGUGUUUGACCUUAAAUUAAUUUUACACCAGAAUAUCCCUUUAACCCUCAUUGGUGCAGCGUGUGCAAGUAGAGAAAUAAGAUAUAGAUACUGCCAUAAAAUUUGUAAAGUCGUAAAGUUUGGGUACGCCAUAGCUCUGCAAAACACAGAUUAACACAGAUGCUAAACGAAUCGUUAUCGAUGUGGAGGAACAAAAGACAAAUCCACAAAGUUAGUAAUCCAGACUAACUAGUGUAGCUAUUAUUAGUGUUGUGUAUCCGGUCUUAAUCUCUCUUCCCUGACUCAUAUGGUCUCCUCAUUGGAAGACUAUUGGUACUCGGCUGUAAAGAUGUUUAUUUCUGCUGUUAAGAUCAUUUUCUGAAUGGGUGUGUAUGUGGCUUUCAGAGCUUUUGCUGCCAGCCUCUAGUGGACACUUGGGGAACUGCAGUUUGAGGCUCUACCUGUUUUUGUCUCCAGUGGGUGACCAAUGAAAAUGGAGGUGUUAGAGGACAACAAAGAAGAGGAGAGGUUGUUGUGUGGAAAUAAGAUUCUUGUCCUCAAAGGCCACGGUAGUUUCUGGGAUUUCAACAACAAAUGGGGGUGAGCAAGGGAGCGUUUUAGCCCAAUCUGACUGAAACAUGUUAGUAAAUGUUUGUAUUUCUACACACUGAGCACAGCUUGUCUGAGGCGUUAAAAUGGCGAUGUCCUUUGGUCCUUUGGUUGUUUUCGUUUUCGUGUUUAUGGCCGCUAUAAAAAAAGAGUUUCGACCUCUGAACUGUGAAUUUGACUGGAAACACAUUUUCAGAUUGAGGGAGAGUUGUUUUUGUUUAAAGAGGUUAACCAAACUCUCAACAUUUAGUCAACACCGCACUGACAGAAUCAUUAAUAUCUGCGCUCACUCCCACCAUUUCCGCCUCCUUCCCUCUGAAAAAACAAUCCGAUGGUGACUUUGUAAAGAAGCAGAGCAGCUAAAGGUGAAAUUUAAUUCAACACAGCAGCUGGCGUCCAUUUCUUAAUGCGGCAGCGGUGUGCCAGAACGUCCGAACGCAAUGUCCAUUUCUUAAAUCGAGGGUCGCAGGCCAAGAUUUCUGCAGUCACAGUCCAUUUCCUGAUGGAGCUGCAGAGUCGAGCCAAUCAGCCUCCAGGACAUCUGCUGCACCUGCUCUGAGUUUACUGUGACUGUCAGGGUUAGGGUUAACACAGAGUUACUCAUAAGUCACCUGAUACAUGGUCAAUGGUGGUCUGUGGUGUGGCGCCACCAUGAGGAGUCAUUAAGUAGUGAUGUGGUGAUUAUUUCACAGAUCAAGAAUCGGUGCUGUUGAUAUUUUUAGUUUGGAGGAUCCACCUCAGCUCUUUCUGUGUUUCCAGAUUAGAGAGGACUGGAUCAGGUCUAGACUAGGGCUGGGUGAUAUGUCCUCGAAUCAAUAUCCCGAUAUAUUGAUCAGUUCACCUCGAUAACGAUAAAUGGACGAUAACUACUCCACAAGCUGCUCACCCCCUCCCUCAUUAACUUUGUCUACUUCAGCCGCUCCAACUCUUGAACCGUCCUCCAUCUCCUCACCUGUCUUUCCCUCUUUGUCACAGACUGGAUGGGGUGGAGUCACAUCUACCUACUACCUACUUUUAUUUAUCUAUUAGUUUUGACAUUGAAUGUAUUGACAUGGGCAAAAUGACGUCAGUUAUUGUCAUAAAUUUUAGAUUACAACAGUAUAUUUUCAGUUUAUCGCCCAGCUCUAGUCUAGACCAGCUCUUAUUUUUGCUACUAUAGAUUCUGACUGUAAGUACUGGAACAUUGAGCCCAUUUCCUCGUUCUGUCUGUGUCAUUAACUUUGAAUCAUCAUGUCCCAUUAGAGUCACUAAAACUCAGUCUUUUCUGGGAGUCCCUGAGCUCCAUCAUGGCGUAGGUUCCUCUGAAUCGAUGCUGAAUCUCCUCUCUAAAUCCAGCUCAGUCUCGGCAGAUGACUGUCUAACAUGAGUCUGGUUCUGCUCGAGGUUUCUGCCUGUUAAAGGAACUUCUUCCUCUCCACUGUAACUCUCUCAACGCUGGGAAGUAUUUCACUCAAACGGUUCAAGAUAAGAGUGGGUCUGAUCUUAUCCCGUCUUUACAUUUAUUAAAAGUCUCGAUUGAUACAUUGACGGUAAAUUGAGUCCGAUUAUUUAUCACUCCAGUAAAUAGACCAGACCUUGGGGGAUAAUCCUCUCAGCUUGUUGCGAGCUAAAAGCCUUGGAGCUAACAGGAUUCUGGUAAGAUUUGAAGUAAUAAGAGUUAAGUGCGGAUGAUUUACGGAGGAUUAAAGUGAGGAAAUCCUGCUCCUCCUCCUUGUAUUAUACAAACUUGAACUCUAACAGUCCCCAAACCGCUCGGCGACACUACAGCGUUUCCAUUAAACCUUCCACUCGAGUCCAAACAGACAGAAGUGUAUGUGUUUCCUCUCUGACCCUUUAAUAAACGCGGUUCAUGCUGGUUCAGAAGGUCCUGACUGACUCUCCCUCUUGUGUCCUCACAGAUCCUGGUUCCGGCUCUGGAGACGGAGAUGGUGAGUGUUUUCUGUUUUCUUUUUUUUAAUGGUGUAAAGAUUGAAUUUCCUGCUCCACUUUUGCUCCAGUAAAACUCUGAUCCGUCCCAGCUGAGUCCUUCCCCGCCCUCCACAAACACGAACUUCUUGUCCAGAGGAAGGAGAAGAAGAAGGCGUAAAAUGGCCGGAUGGAGCCUGAACGCAGCGUGCGAGGAUCUUUUCGUGUCGCCCCCCUCCCUCGUCGAGUGUUAACUUGUGUGGUAAAGGUUGCACAGAGGUUUUCAGCUCCACAUUAAGUCCUCCCCGAUGAGCCGUUUGAUGCUUCUGGUCUCAUUGGACUGGAGCUAAAAGGCCUCGGCGCUGCCAAAUUCGGCUACAGAGACAUUUCGUGACCAUCUGUGAGCUACGACCGCGAUGUGUGUUGUGUUGUACGGCUGCUGGAGGGGGGGGUUAAAUUGGAGGCUGCCUCCAGAGGGACGGGAUCGCCACCAUCUGCAUGUGCAGGGGGGUGCGGACCCGGGAGGAUUCUCGCUGAUUCUCCUGCAGGGGACGGACUAACAGAUAAAUAAUUAAACCAGAGUGUCUGUUUGUCUUGUACUCUGCAAACAUGAACACACCUGUCAGCUGGAAACACCUCCGCCCAUCAGGAUCAUGUGAGGCUUGUAAAAGUGUUGGACUGAGUCUGCAGCUCUGAGAGAGAGAGAGAAAACUGAACCAGAACCAAGAGAAACACAUUGUGAUUCUUGUUUUUGGAGAUCUCCGGGCUCCGUGCCAUUUUGGAGCGAGAAUAAGAAACAUGAAACCAUCCAGCAGAGCUCAGCUGUGGAGAGGAAACAGUUUGACUUCAUGUUAUAAGAAAAAAAAGCAUCUUUGUGGGUCCGAUGUAGAAGCAUAAAACAAGGUGAAGGCUUCUGGAUAAAGAAGCUUGAUUUCACACGGACCCCCUCCGACUCAUCGGCGUUAUAAUUUCCCAGAAUGAGACCCUGAUGAGUGACGGGGGGAGCGUAUGGAUGUGGUGAGAGUGUGAGAGCAGCUCGUCUCUGCACAGUCGAACCAAAAACAAAGAGCCUCUCUGCUGCAGAUCCUUGUUGAUCGAUCAGGAGCCUGCGAGCCCCGGCUGAGCGCUCGGUGUUCAAUACAUCCAUACACAGCAGGCCCAUCUGUCAGUCAGCUGGUGCACACACGCAAACACACACAAACACAUAAAAACACACACUCUCCCUCCUUUUCUGGCCAUUUUAAUCCUGUCGUCACUCUUUAAAGUCACAUUUUUCUCACGAUAAGUGAGGAAAUCUGCAGCAGAGUGAGACAGGAGGCCUGUGACGCUCAUUUCUCUUCAGUCUGAGAUCAUAAACUCUCCUGCUUGUCCUGUUUGAUUUGUUAAAGGUGGGGUAGGCAGGAAUCCAGUAAAGAAGCCUCUUUUUUAAUAUCUUUUAAUAUCAGUCAAUAGCUAUUAGUUAUUGAUUAUUUUCUGACCGUAAACAAAGCCGUUCCCAGCCUCCCCAAACCUGACUGGUUGUGAGGAGGACGCAGCUUCCUCAUGUUGUGAGACACGCUCCACAAAUAACUCUCAGGAGCCCAAACAAAGUUAGCGUGUUACAAUAUCGGACAGUAGAAACCAACCAGAAAGUUCGGGAAACACAAACAAGAAAACAAAGUAAAUACCGGAGACUUUGGAGGAAUAACGGGCGCUUAAAAAGGAGGAAGACCGGACAAGAGCUAAAAAAGACGGAUCAACAUAAAUAGUAAAUAAAGUUUAUUUAUAGACGCUUUUCACAGGUAAGAAUCACAAAGGGCAGUAAAAAAACAUAAAAUAAGUGAAAUUGGAUAAACAUGAUAAAAAGAUUAGUACAUAUACAAACACAAAUACGAAGACAGUAAAGAGAAGUAAAAGAGACAAACAAAACCCUGUGAAUUAAAAGCUCGUCUAAGUCUCUUUUAAAAGUUUCCACUGAGUCGAUCAAACGGAGGGAGAGGGGCGGAUCAAUGAUGCAUAAACGAUGGGGGACGCUUGGGGAUCUUGGUGACCCUGUAACCUUUCUGCUGGACAGGUAAACCGCUUUAACAAAGUAAGACAAGUGUCUGUAACAGAAGUGUUUCUUGUCAAACGGACCUGCUGUAGCGUGUUGUAGCGCCAUCGCUAAACUGUCCUCCCUCGGGUCCUGGACUAUGUCACUUUAUCCUCGUUGUAGAAGUCCUGCAAACAUUGUGUUUGCUGGUAGUCUGUUGACAUCUACAGUAGCACCAAUGCUUUUGACUUUCACCUUGACUGGGCCCCAUUUGUAAUGAUCUGAAGUAUUUAUCUGCAUUAUAUCUGAAUUUAAUUGGAACGAUACGAGCGAGCAGGAGCGUCUGUUUGUGGGCGGGGCUUGAGGAAGGGGAGAGGAGGAGCUGAGAGGAAAACUGGUUUGGAGAGUUUACGUUUAAGGUUUCUCCUAAAAACUGUCACUUCCUCAGAUCCUGACUACCCCACCUUGAAUGAACGCUCAUAAAUCUGCACCUUUUGAAGUUCCAGCAGCCGUGAGGCCCUAAAUGAAACGAUUUGACUGAUUUCAGGCGUCAGUUAUUCGAGGGUGGUCGUCACAUGUCCGGCCUUUAACUGUCUGUCGAUAGUGUUAAUCUUUUUCUUUGCUACAUGACAAAAUCACACUUGAUGAACGGGGAUAACGGCUCCCUUGAUGAGAGGCGGCUCUGAAUGAUCCCCACGGCUCCUGUGAUAUUUGAUGUUCUGCUUGUUAUCGCCUCGUCGGCUCUGAACUCGCUCUCUGCUGGGGCAAUGGACGCCGUCAUGCGGCGCGGCAUUAAACGCAUCCCCUGUAAUGAUGAUAACAAUAAUAAUAUCAUAAGAUGAUAAUGCGUCUCUGUUUCCAUUUGGCUUCAGGAGCCUCUUCGCACGCUCGGCUGUGACUGAUAGAAAACGUGCGAGCCGUGUCGUGUGUCGACGGCGCGAACGGUGUCAUCAGUGUUAACGGCACGAUGGCGCUCACCGGCACAGAAACUGAUGUGAGCUGGAGGUUAUUUUAGAAAUGAGAUCAAGUCACUGUUCUGGAAAGGAAUGAAAAAGCAAUAAUGAUAAAAGAUGAUUAGGCUUUUCACGGGUGAAAAAUAUGAGAAUUAAAAGUUGCAGAGUUUGCAAAGCAGAGAGACGGAGUUUAAACGAAUAAAAGGUGCAGCAUGAGAAGUGGGACGAGGGAAAAAAUGACAGAAACCUGUCAGGCGAUGAACUCUGUCAACAGCUGAUUAUACUUUCUGAUUUUGAAAGUCUAUAAUCUUGAUAAUUUUGAUUAUACUUAAGUUUGUUCUCUCAUGUAGUCAAAACUAUGAUUACUCUAAUUUUAUUAUUAUUAUUAUUAUUAUAUCCAUUUAUAUUGUUUGUAUCUUUUUCAGCAUUUUUGUUUAUGUAAAAAUUAAGCAAAAACGAUUUACCUUAUUUGCACUCUUUAUUUCAAAUAAAAAUAUAACUAAAAAUAAAAAAAAAUUAUAAAAAGUCUUAAAAAAUAUAUCCUCGUUUUAAAUUUGAUGCUAGCAGUGUGUCCCUAAAAAAGUUGAGACGGGUGCAAAAACACUUCCAACUAACGAGGCUGAUUUUAUCUUUAUCUUUAUAUGAACAUGAUAAAAAUAAUGAAGUAAAAAACAAAACAAAAAACAAGGCUUUAUGAAAACAAAAUAAUAAUAGUAAUAAUAAUAAUAAUAAUAAAAUAAUAAUAAUAAUAAUAAUAAAUAAUAUUAAAAAGAAGCCGGAUGUUUCAUUUUGUUUCUGUGCCCGACUUCCUUUCCAGCAGGGGUUGAUCUUUGCUGAACUUAUGCUGCGACGUCUAAAAAAAGUAGAGCCCUGGUGAUCGGCUACGGUGGCGAAAGCCAGUGGAAUUUGACAUAUUAACUUGAAUGGAAACGAUAAGGCGUGAUCGGUGCCGACAACCUUUUUGCCACUAUUACGCAUGUGGUGUAAAUUUGUGGUGAGUCUCAGAAGCUGCAGAGAGAUCCACGACUCUGUAAAGACCGUGUGAGCAAAAAGUUCAACAUUUCAGAAUCAGAACCAAACUGGAGAAAUCUGUAAACGUGCAAAAGAGACAACGCCGGAAACUAACGCACUGCAUUAAAAACAGACAUGACUCUGUAGUGGGAUUAACCACAUAGGAUCAAAAUCACCUCUAAAAACUAAAAAACUGAUGGAAAAGUGAUGGACUACAAGGGUGAACACGUCUGCAGCUUCAUUCUUGUCGAAGUUUAAAACAGUAUUGAGUUUUCUUUGUUGGUCUUCAUGUGUUUCAGACGACGAGGGUUCAGGAUCCGACGUUGGGAAGAAGUUCACCAAGUGCAGCACGUGUAAAUACGGAGCCGAGUGCGAUGAAGACUCAGAGGACGUCUGGUGAGUCUUUGACUUGUAAUCUCAGCUGUGAGAAGAAAUGAUUGAAAAGCCGCAAACUUCUGCAGCUGGAGGGUGUUUACUGUAAAACCGCCGCAGCUAAUAAAUAAAAAAAAACAAACAUCUCUCCAACCUGAGGAAACUCUCAGAGAGACAGACAACCCUGUCAGUGUCCUCACCUGGAUCCUGCAGGAGUAAACACCCCCGCCACAACAGAUAAAUCCACCUCAGGUGUUUGUAAAAGUUCAGCGUCACUCAGACAAUGUUCAAAGCAGGAUCCGACCCAAAGACUCGGUCCUUUUCUGAAUGUUUUCCCUCUAUUUCUGAGAUGUUUGGAGAGAUCAUUAUUCUGCUGUUAUCAUCACUCAUGUUUGAGACUCAAAUCGUGAAUUAAUUUGAAAAUAUGAAUCCCAUUCUGACUUGUUUCGUCUAUAAAUCUGAAAAAAAAGUCCCAGAAUGAUUAAAUUCACGUCCCCGAGCGCAGACAUCCAGUGUGUGUUUAAAUUAAUGAGCUGUGUCUUCAUUAGGAAGUCUGUGAAUGUGCUUCAGCUGAUGAUUUAGUGUUGAUGACGAGAGCUGCCGUGCUCAGACUUCAAUCUGCAGACACAAUAUUCACUCCGUCUCCUCCUCUCAGGUGUAUAUGUAACAUCGACUGCAGCGGCCACAAUGAGAACCCGGUGUGCGCCACUGACGGGAACUCCUACAACAACCCCUGUCUGGUUAGAGAGGCGUCGUGCAUGAAGCAGGAGCAGAUCGACGUCAAGCAUCUGGGCAGGUGUCUCGGUAAGUAAGAAAACACGAUCAAACACUCGAGGCUGCAAAAUGGACCAAAUUUAUAUAUCAGCGACCGGAAACCGAUAUUUAUCAUAUCAUAUCAUAUCAUGUCAUAUGUACAUAUAGGGUCCCAGCCAUAGUACUAGCCACAAAAUAUCUUUUUAACUCGGAGAAUAAACACAACUCACCUUCUCCCUUCCAGCAGCCGCUUGUUUAUUACGGGCUACAGCGGGGUGUCGCAGCUCAAGGAAGAACAUUUAUGAUCAUUUCUUUAUCAUUUCCUUGAAGUAAUAAUCAUCAUAUUAAUCAUUUUCACUGCAGACGCUGUAGUUCUUCUGUCUUAGCGUCUCGGUCUGAUUGUAUUUUCAUUAAGAAAUGAUCUUAAAUGUUCUUCCUUGAGCUGCGUCACCCCGCUGUAGUCCGUAAUGGACUGGCCUGAGGUCUCGCUACAAACAAGCGGCUGCUGGAAGAGAGUAGGUGAGUUGUGUUUAGUCUCUUUGCUAAAGAAAUUAGUUAAAGUUAAAAAGAUGUUUGGUGUCUAGUACUAUGUCUGUGACCCUAUAUGUCCUGUUGAUGAAGUUAGGUGCUGUUCUCAGCAUUAUUUGUGGCUAUAGAGUGGCGUUUUGGUCGAGCGCAUGGCUCUGUGUAUUGCUAUCGUGCGGUCGUUACUAAAGUUGGUAAAACUAGAGAAGAAAGCAGUCAGCAACAUUAAUCUCUUGAGGGGGUGUCUAACUCGGUGUGUUUGACCCUAAAUUAGUUUUACGCCAGAAUAUCCCUUUAAAUGCACAUUGUUUUGUAAGGGGAGUGUUUGCUAGCAUUGUUUGAGCUGCGUUUUGUAUGAGGACAACAGCUCAUACUAAAGUGCCCCAACCAUUUCAAUAAAAACACACACAAAGAGAGCGAGGUGUUUCAUUGUUUGUUCUUGUUUGACCCAUCACAUUAUUGUCCAGAACACAGACUCUGCCUUGGGUCUGUCUCUCGGGUCGUACUCAGACUCAGGUUUCUUCUUCUUGGACAUCACGCACUUGCAGACCAAAGUUUGACUUUUACGGUAAACGGCAAGGUGAAGUUAUAACCCCCCUGCAGAAUUUGCAAAUUUGCACAAGAGUCAACAGCGUAACGUCUUUGAAUAUCCAAACCUCGGGACACACCGGCUUUAAUAAGUCUCUCCAGGAUCCACAGAGACAGUCUGUGUCCUUGAAGCCCCUGCAUGGUGUUGUACUUUAAGUUUUGUAGAUUUUCCACUCCCCUCAGUCUCUGCAAACAAAGCGUUAGCUUUUAUCUCUUUGCUUAUUUUCCCCUGUACAUGUUUGACGUGAAUUGUAUCUUCAACUAAAAGAAAAAAAAUCUCAUCUUGAUGUUUUUUAAGAGUCGAAAAUAUCACUCACUACUGUUAAUGUGAACUAAGCCUGUUUCAUCUGACACCUGCACCACAGCAGAGGUCUCAGGCAUUAAAAAUAGCAACAAAGAGCUCAUCAGUCUGUACAAUGAUGGUCUGGUUUUCUUCUUAAGCCCAUAAGAAGGUAUUAGGAUUCAUUUCCCCUGAAUCACAUGACAUUACUCUUUACAGUACGGGUAAUAAACACUAGUGAGAGUCCAGUAAUAAUUGUGGGCAUAGCCAAAUAACCGAAUAAGGUUCUAUUUUGAUAGCAGGAGAAAUAUGUGUCGUCACAUUGGCGCAUUCCCUCGACAGUAAGGUACCAGCGAUGUACUGAAAACACCUCAUUUUAAGAUAGAGACUCUCAUUAGCACAGAGGUGGUCAGUAGUACAUUUGUUGCCAACGCCGAGUAAGACCUGGGAGAGGGAGAGAAAAACUGAGCGGGGUAGGGAAAAAGCAAUUACUAGUUAUUGCUAUCAGCAGAUAUGAAAAUUGCUGCUGAUAUGUAUGUGGGAUAAAGUGAUACAUUAAUAAAACGCAGGCGGUGCCAAGAACAAGCUUCAACGUGUCUGCUCUGUGGAGGUUUUUACUGUUUAAAUACAGGAGGAGAAAAAAGGUUGUUUUCAGUGUUUUUAAAGCACAGGUGACAGGAGGAAGGGCAAAACAACACUGUAAAUACUCCCAAUUCACCUGAGGGUUUCAGGAACCAUCAUCAUCCUGAACAGUACCAAGAGUUUCUGAGAAGAAGGAAGGAGACAGUGUAACAUUGGCACCAGCAGUAACCUGUCGGCUGCCGAGGAACCUAAAAAUAUAGAAGCAAUCACCUAAAAGGACAGGAACAUAAAAUGAACAGAUUUUUCUAAACAACCAGACUUUAGGAUUUCACAGGCCUGUGAUAGACUUGGAUAGGUAUCAUAUAUCAUAUAUCACAUUCUCUUGUGGAAUCAUAACAUAUUGUAUCAUAUCCUAUCAUAUCAUAUCAUACAGUGUCCUAUCCUAUCAUAUCCUAUCAUGCCAUACCGUAUCAUAUUGUAGCAUGUUGUACUGCAUCAAACCAUUACACAUCAUAUUGCGUCGUUUCGUGUCGGGUCGAAUCAUAUUGUAUCUUAUCUUAUCUGACUUUACCGUAUCGUGUCAUUCCAUAUCAUAUCCUAUUGUGUCAUGUCAUGUCGUAUCGUAUUGUACCAUACCGUUCCAUACCCUACUGGGACAUGUUGUAACCGUAUCAUAAUCAUACUGUAUCAUAUUAUAUCGUGUCCUAUCUUAUCAUACCAUACCGUAUCGUAUCCUGCUGUACUGUUUCUAAUUAUUUCAUAUCAUAGCUUUUCUGAUCUUACAGCACUGCAUCUCAUUGUUUCAUAUCAUUUAAUAUCUCAAUCUAUGUCAUCUAAUCUUUUUGUAUUUCGUAUCUAAUUGAAUCGUAUCGCAUGAUGUCGUAUUACAUCAUAUCGUCUUGUGUUAGUUUGUAUCAUACUGAUUUAUUUAGUAACUUCCGUUAUCAUUCCGUGUCAUGUUGCAUUACAUUCUAUCCUAUAAUAUUGUACUGUAUCGUAUCAUCUCAUAUUUUGUAUCAUGUCAUGUUGUAUCUUAUUGUAUCAUAUCUUAUCAUUUUCGUGUCGUAUCAUGGUAUAUCAUAUCAUAUUGAAUCAUAUAUGGUGUCUUAUCGUAUCGUAUCAUUUUAUAAUUUAUCAUACCUUAUUGUAUUGUGAGUUUAAAAAAAAUGACAUUUUGUUAUUGAGUAGAAUCUAAUUUUAUGUUUUUCCUCUUAAUCGGGGUUAAAUAAUGUUAAUAAAGGAACAUUUCGACUAUUUCCACUGUAUAGCUCCGUCACAUGGGUAACUGAACAGAGACCAAAGGUGAAUCAGGCUCUGAUUCUGCAUGUAAAGAGUUUAAAAUGUAAGUAAAUUGAGAUAUAUAUAUAUAUAUAUAUAUAUAUAUAUAUAUAUAUAUAUAUAUAUAUAUAUAAGCAGUUGGAUCUAAAUGUUGAGUGUGGAUGAUCAGGGAUAGGAUGGAGAUGGAAGAUGUAAAGAAUCACGAGCAGGUGUGUGUAGGUUGGCAGGAUACGCUGUGACAAAAAUAAUGCGGUACAUUUGGUGUACGGCGUUGGAUUUAAGUUUACAGCAGAAUGAAAAACGUGCUUUUUGUCGAGCAGGGACUCUUUCUGCCGUGAGUCAUGUAACAGCGAGGACUUGCACAUGUGUUGCACUCUGAACAGGCUGAAAAUGAGCCAUUGAAUGUCACAUAAAAGCUCAAACCGGGAUAUUUUUCUGCCUCUCUUCUCAGGUUUUUGUCUGCUCGUUCCCUUUCAUCUCAGCCCUUUCUUCUCCUCGCUGUUUUUUUCUGUGCAGUUUCUGAGAGGGGUUGGAGUUUGGCUCGCUCUGUAUUCAGUUUGUGUUUUUCUCAUAAACCUCUAGUUUAGAAGUCUUGACAUGUUCACUCUCAUUCACUGCCAGUACUUCUACCUGAAAAGAUGAUGAACCACGAUUUGUAUAAUAAUGUAGGUUUUAAAACUACUCACCUCUCUGCGUCUUACAAGUGGAAGUAUUCAGCAUUUGAAUACACAAUAAGGUGUUUCUAAACUUGACUAUAUAAGGCCAAAACAUCACAAUGUUCCUCAGUGGUCAAGGAGAACAUUGAGCAGAUGAUAGUCACUAAAUAAUCAUUUUAAAAAAAGGGAAUAAAAGGGUCAAAAUUAGACCUUUAGUGAGCUUUAGUGAGGAAAACUCAGUCUGUGUAAGAGGAUCUAAAAACAAAGAUUAAACAGAUUUAACAGACUUAAAAGUUUAAGAUUGACCAAAUGUUUGAGUGGAGGAAGAAACAAAAACUCGACAAAAGGGUACCUUAAAACAGACAGUGAGCAGAUAUUAAACAGAUGGUUCGUGGUUGCUCAAAAAUGCCAAUAUCUAAGGAUAUUGUGGCAAAAACAGUUAUGUGAUGGUACCUUAAAACAGGUAUUUUGGGUACCUUGAAACUGUUAAUAACAAGCGUUGUAAACAAAUGUUUCAGGCCUUUAAAAAAAUGCUGUAAUGAUAUUUAAGGGUACCUCCAUAAAAACCUGAUCAUGUUUUUAAAAAGAAAAUAUUUAGAAAGUAAACAUGACCCUUUAAGAAGUGCUAAAGGUACCUUAACACAGACCAUAUUAUCUAUUUUAGAGGGAAGAGAAUCAUGCAUCAAACAAAUGUUAAUGGUACGCUGAAUUAAAUCUGAUUCACGCAAACUAGUUGGAAAGCAGGUCCCGACACGGCCAACAAAAGGAACUGUGUUUUAGGUACCUUAAAACGUCUGGAAUCAAAGUCCAAAUCCUCAAGAUGAACAGUUACAAGCAACUUAACACAGCCUUCACAACGAUGCCGUAAGGAGGAGUAAAAGAUGGAGAGUGAGACACCGAGGGGUUCCUUAAAACUGACUUUAAAUAGAUACCAAAAGGUACCUCAAUACAGACAUGAAGACGAGGUGAAAUUUAGAGGUUCAAAAAACAGACUUUAGAUAUUCUUAGAUAACUGGAUUUGGAUCCUGUUGCCUUUCUUUGUUUGCUGCUUAAACAGCUGACCGAGGGUACCUUAAAACAGACCCAUAGGUAAUUGAUGAGUAAAUGUGAUGACUGGCUUUAAAAUCAAUGUUAGAGGUCAUCCAUCAGUAACAGAGGAGUUACUUUUGGGUUCUUAAAAACGGACUUGACGAUAUUUAACAAAGAAAAACACAAGAACUAAACAAAAGUUUAAUGGGGUACUGAUCUAGGCUCUUAAAAUGGUCCAAAAUAGACUUUUUUUUUUCAGAGACUAGAUGUAAGAGUGUAUUCAACAUUAAAAAUACACAAUCAAAACAACUCCGUCAUGAAAACUCUGUAUGCGGCUCCAUGACACGCCGGCUCUGCAGCUCUAUGAAACUGUUAUCCUGUGAUUGGGAGUAAAUCCUCCUCUGUAAACAGGCGGAUUCCUGUGGGUUUAGCCGCUCACAGUGUUGACCUUUCACCUGGAGUGGAGCGUGUGUGAGAGCAGAUAUCAGCCUCUUCGGUUUGUACACAGGCUGAUAAAUCUGCCUGCUGAUGCCUUGAUUGCUGGUUUAUUGAAUCCAAAUUGGAAAAUCCCAUCAUCCCAUCAUCCAGGCUCGAGCGGUAAACGGCCGCCGUCACCUCUGCGGAUGAUGAAAGAGGCACUUUUCUCACAAAUAAAGUGUCCCAUAAAUGAAAAUCAUUGUAUAACCCCUAAGAAGUUCAGACGUACUGAUCCUCAAAUCGAAGUUGGCUCACAGUUUUUCUUCUCCAGUGUCCAAAAAUGAGGAUUUUCGCCCUCUUUCAGACCGUUUCUACUUCUGCAGACUUUCUGAACCGCACUGAGAAAUUUGACUUCAAAUCCUCCAUCAUGAAUCCUUGAGUUGAUGUGAAAACAUGUCUUAAGAGUUUAAAUCUCCCCGUUGCUGCCGCUCUUUCUGUAGAUGGAGAUCAUUACUCCACAUUAAGUUGCUGAUGUAGUGAGAUGCAGGAUUGAUGUUGUUUCCCUCUCUGUGAGCAACGCUGACUGCACAACUGACCGUUUCAUCCCGGCCAUAAAUCAGCCUCGUUAUCGAACCCGUGUCUGACAAAUUAAUGUAUCUAAUUGCUGAUGUUUUCAAUUAACCCUCAAACCAAGCAUGCAGUUUGAUUUGGUUCUUCACAGUAUUAAUCCAGAGCUUGUAACAGAUGCUGUUUUAAUCUGACAUGGAGGAAAUAUUCACGCUCAACCGUCUGCUGGCUCAGAAUUACAGGUUUUAGGUCGACUCGACUCAAAGAAUUCAGAUCCUCCAACCCGGGUUUCUCUUCUGCUCACAUACAGGUCUGUUUCGGGUAUCUUAAACACAUAUCAGUGAUUCGGUUUGAUUUUAGGUCCCCUGUAGCGUCGAUUUAGAGCCUCCAUGAUACGUCAAUGGAGCAUCUAUGUUAUGUGUCUUUAUUAAACAUGUACAGGACUGUUUUAAGGUAUCUGUUCAACUAUUCUUGUACAUCUACCACUUGAAUUUGCGAUCUGACGAUAUUAGAUCAUGAAAGGUUGAAAAGUGACGAUGAUCUGCCAAAGCACAGAGAUGGUAGAACUAACUACAGUACACAUUGUGUCCCUAACGUGUCUAAAUAAAUUUCUUGCUCUUUCAAAUCUAAAUUUUAGACGUUAAGAGAGAAAAUUUUAGUUUACCCACAAUAUUUGUGUGUUUUGAGUCGAUAAAAGUAACUGCAGUCGCAGAAAAAUCUGCUGAAAAAGGGCGAGAUUAUUAUUUUUUAAUAGACUACCUUUCAUUUUAUAAAUAUUGACUUUUGUGUGUGAAGUCUUAUGCUGCGUUUGAGUUACCAUGGAAGUCAGAUGUUGGAGCUGAAAAUGACGUCACACCCGAGUUACCAGCGUUUCAGUUACCAAGUCGGGGAAAAAAGCAAAAUCGGAGGAGGAAAAAAGAUGGCUACAUCUACGAAAGUUAUUUUAGCGCUUGCCUUUUAUUCGGACAAAGUACUUGCCUUAUAUUAAGGCAAGGCUUUCGUAGAUGCAGCCAUCUCUUUUCCGCCUCCGAUUUUGCUUUUUUCCGACUUGGUAACUGAAACACUUGGAACUCGGGUGUGACGUCAUUUUCAGCUCCGACAUCUGACUUCCGAGGUAACUUGAACGCAGCAUUAUUUUGGGUUCAAAUCUAUUUGAGAAUGAGACCAUCCAGUUAAGAUAAAUGUUUUGCUGUUUCUUGUUAAAAUGAGGAUAUUUUAUUUCUAUUUUUCAGUGAUCGUGAUUUUGCAAAAAAAAAAAAAAAAAUCAUGAUAUGAAAUUUUUUCCAUAUUGCCCACCCCUACAUGAACUCUCUAAUAUUCGAGCUUUAGACUCCUGGUGGUGGUAUUUUGAACUCUUCAGUAAAUCAGAUAUCGUGAUUGUUAUCAUUCUAGUACUGUAACGGUUCAUUUUAACAACGAUUCGAUUCGUAUCAUGAUUCAUGCCAAUUUGAUUCAAGGACAAUUUUGGUUCAUUUAGAAAAACUCGAUCUGAAUCGAUUUAAUAACUUUUUAGCCAAAAAUUCAACAAGUGUGAUUGUGAAAUAAAUACCUGGAUACCGGACUGUGCAGGUUAGAUCGAUAUAUGUGAUCCGGAAGGUCGACUUGCCGAGCACGGAUCAAUGUAGUUGGAUUAUAGGACUAUAAAUCGAUACGUUGUUGUUGUAGAUGAGUCAUUACACCCCUAUAUCAUUUAUAUCCUCAGUUUGAUCACUUCAAAUGCUUCAACCCUGCUCUCUCUGCAAACAACGAGCACCGAGACGUGUUUCUUUUGGCUGUUUUUGCAUUCAUAAGGAGGAAUAAAAGCCUGUUGUAAGACACACUCAGGAAUAAUUGAGGUUUGAUGCGCACAUCUCUCUCAUUUUUGUUCUGUUAAUCCGUCAGGGUCUGUGUUUAACAUCUUGGGACAUGAGAGAAGAACCGAGUAAAUAGUUGCAGUUUGUUUUUGUUCCUGAACAGCUCAGACGCCUCUCUGUCUCCGACUUUGUCUCCCUCUGAAAUCUACAGCAGCCCCGAAAAAGAAGACAUGAAGAAGCAGAGCUGAGUGUGUAAUUUCUUCUGAUCUAUCAUUGAAUGAUUUUUUUUUUUUGCCUCUCAGCGGAGCAGGGAGGUUGGGAGUGUUAGAUACUAACCUCAUUUGCAGUCACAGUUUGCUGUCUGAUGUUUUUCAAAGUCUGUGCCAACACCCAGAGCUCCUCCAGCCUCGGUGCAUCCUCGCAGUAUCUCCUCACAUCUGAUUUAUGUUGAUAGACUCACCUUGAAUCACAAUGUGUCGUCUCAGCGGGGACACAUUCGGCGCUCUGACUCUGCAGGGGUUGGCAGAAGACGGUAACCGGCAGGAUUUAUGGAUUUCUUGUCAGCGUGUAUGGCUGUGAGGCGGCCGAUGACCGAGCGUCUGAUUGGCUCAGGAGGGCAGAGGGUGGGGGGGGUUUGUGGGGGUCUAGCACCCUGAGGUGAGAAGCACCUGCCCUCAGCCUGAUCUGCUGUCUCCUCGGGGUGUUGAUCCAAGACUUGGACUCACCAAACACCAGGAAGCAGGACUUGAUUUAAACAGUUCGGACAAGUUUCUUCGAAUAAAACAAAAAAAACAGACGAGGCGUCUCCAACCACUUUGGCAGGAGGGAUCAGCUGGUGGAGCUUUAGUCCUGAUGCUACACCCUGUCAGCAAACCCAAACCCACAUUAAACACCUUCAGGCGCUUUAAGAGACUCGCCGUCAGAUAUUAGGGUAUAAAAAUCAUCAAACUUGUUGCUGAUUGUUUUGUUUCCUUUUAGAAAUCGUGAAAAAGCAUCAAUAUAAAUUCAGUUUAUUUUAUAAACAUCAAAAAGUUCCUCACAGGAGCUUUAAACACUUUGUUGGUAGAAAGUUAAAUAUCAACGUGUCCCAGCAUUUAAUGGAUAAACCAUAAAUCUAUGAUUGUUGUAACCCUAUUGUUUGUUGCGGGCAAAAAUGACAUAGUCGGAGUAUGAUCAGACAAUGCAUGUGCGCCACGCAGAAAAAAGUGGCGCGUACAUCAUGUUCGACAAAAACAACGCUGUACGAUGCUCCAUCUUCCUGCUCCAAAAUGCCCAGAUUUCCGAUUCAGUGAAAAAAACUAAUUAUGAGCUUAGUCCGAUUAAACUGUGCAUGUAAACGCACUGAUAAAGAGGUAACUCUAUUUUUUACUGAUAGAAUCUAUUUAUUAGACGGGUAACUAGAUUUUAAAGUUCGACCCAUGUCCCAUCCGUUUACAUGGAGGAGGCGGGGCUUGAAGGCAGACACCAGGGAGAGCUCUGAGUGUGCUGCAGAGAGUGUUUGUUUACUUCCUGUGUUGGAACAUCAGUUUGUUUGUUUCCUCUGUCAACAGAUUGAUAUGGAAACUGUGUUUUCUUUGUUAUUGUCUGACAACACCGGGAGAAAGAGAGUGGAGAGAGAGAGAGGAGAGAGUGGAGAUAGAGGGCAACGGGAACAAUAACAGGAGAGGCGUGGGGGGGUGGGGGGGGGGUCUGACAGAGGGAGGAGAGAGAGAGAGAGGGAGAGGGAGAGAGAGUCCUGUCAAUACUUCCUCCAGAAUGAUGGAGCAUUAAAAAUGAAUGAGUGCAUGUUUGUCUCUUUGUGUAAAUAUGUGUGUGCGUGCGUGCGUGCGUGUGUGUGUGUGUGUGUCCUUCGUCUGCAGACAGCAUGAAGACAUGCAAACAGUCGACAAGAGAAAGAACCACAACAACAAACCUGCUUUUUUUCUUUGUACUUUGGUCGUCAUCCAUCACUGUCUUAACACCCGAACGAACACACACACACACACACACACACACACACACACACACACACAUACACACACACAGACGCUCAGAGUGACCCUUCGCCACCUUGCCUCUGACAAACAGGGCGAAUCUCUGUCGCUGAGUAAACAUCCUCACUCCUUUUAGUCUGUCCUGAAGAAUUAACACACACACACACACACACACACACACACACACACACACACUAAGGAAAUGAGACAUUGAUUUUCACCACGUUGUAACUGUCCGUAUUUACUGACUGUAUCUGUCUGUCUGUUUUCGUCCUCAGCUGAUAAGGACAAACAGGGGAAGAAGGACGACAGCGGACAUUUCAAAGGAAAAGUCUUAGGUAAGAAAAACUCAGUUUUCAGCGCGGUGCAAAUUUCAGUGCAUUUUUUCAACAGUGUUGCACAAAAAUACACCGAAACCUUCUCUGCCUCCUUGCAUCUUUUUCAUUUAAUGUUUGACGGGUUUUAUUUUUCCACGUCUUUCCCGUUUCUUCAUAUCGAGGUUUGGAGCAAAUUUAAGGAGAUGAAAAUGAAAGAUGCACCUGAGAGCUCAGAGAAUAUAGAGUCUGUCCAGGGGCGUGUCCUAGACUUAAGGACCUAGGGGCUUUAGCCAGGACCCCCCAUCUCCACCCCACUAAGAAUAAAAUAAAAAGAAGUCAAAAAGGAAAACAGGACAUUAGAUUUUCAGUGAAUCCUUCCUCUAUAGUAUCUUAAUAGAUCAGCAGGGACCACAUGGCAGAAUUACGUUGUGAGAGAGUCUGAACUAAUUUAGGGAUCGUCUGCCUAAAGUUAGGAAUCCAGAUAUUAAAGAAGUUAAAGCUUAAAGAGAGUGAAAAUUUAGUUAAUAGUACAGCCUUGACAGCGGCUCUGAUAUUUGAUAUGAGAAUACUUUAACUUACAAUCAUGACUUUUUAUUGUCUAAAACUAUUGAGGGCAAAAAUGACAAAAACUAAAAGUCUGAGACUAGCCGCCAAAAUCAGCCGUGCAGAUAUCCAGAUAUCCAGAUAUCCAGAUUAGCUGCUGUAGAUCGUUCAAGUUUAGAAAACGAACAUUUCUCUGAGGUUUUAAUUAUUUCUCUUGGUUUAAACACGAGGCUGAAUAACAGGCCCUUAGCUUACAGCCUGUUUCUCAGCCUCAUGUUUGACUUUGUUGGUUUGGAGUUGAUCAUAACUGUGAAACAUCCUGGACUGAGUUUGUAUGAUCUCUUAAACACUGGGAUAAAAUGAGAUUUUUGACACAAAGAGAGGGGGUUAGACUCUAAACUUCUACUCUGAUUCCUCUUUAAUAUCUUUACAUGAUUUUCAGAUCAAAAAAAUCUUCUUGUUUCUCAUUCUGCUGUAUUAGAAUAUCAUUAUAUAUCAUUAUUUCAGCUGCUGUCUGCUUCAUUUUAGUUUGCUGUCUUCAUGUUGUCGUCAUAGUUUAAAUUAAAGCUCUCCUCGUCCUCCUUGUAAUCAAACUUCUAGUGUAGAUGGGAAACAUUAUAAACCCCGUUAUUAAUCCACUUUCCUGCCUGUAACUUCUCACGGCCUCGCAGCUGCCUCCUGACCUGCAUCUGAACCUUCAGAGCUGCAAACAUCCACCAAAUAAAGUUGAUGAAAAUCUCCUUGAUACACAACAACACCAUCACGGGGGGGAAAAGCAGAAAAAUCUCAAUCCUCACGGCUCUGGAUCUGAGCAUAAAAUGAGUGUUUUGUCCUUUAAGCCUGAGCUCAGUGUGACGCCGUAAUUUCCAAUAAGAAAACACAGAUUAGCGAGAAGCAGAACGAGGACGCUUUGCCGCCUUCGCCGCUCGGCUGCUUCCUGCGAAUGUUGUGUUUGGAUUCGAAACACAGAAGGUUUUAUAAUGUGCUGCUCGCUCCGUGCAUCCAUAUCAGAAACUACAACAUCUCAGGGGGGGGUGAGUCCUCUCCCGGCUCCUCCGCCUUUGUGUUUCAAACUCAGACUCACAGACGGACAAUUAGAGGGCCGGAUUAAACCGCCGCUUUUCCAACAUCACAAACACCGAAGACCGCCGCAGAGAUAUGAGAGCGGAGAAAGGCUGCUGGUUUAUCUGAACUCUGCAGCGUUUGUCCAGGAGACGUUUCCUUCAAGUGAAUAAAUCAUAAAACUCAAUAAUGCAUGAAUACAACCACGUUUCUGUCGCUCUCUUAACCUUAGCUACAUGUUUUAUCGUUUAGGGGUCUCCGUGGGCUCGAGGAGGGAGCCGGACACGGUUAAAGGUGAAAAAAAAGUGAGAGGAGGUCGUCCGCUGUUGAAGAAAAACAAAACUUAACUUUUUGACCUUUUGUGAAGCAGGGCGGUGGAAUUAACUACCACACUAUUUUAAAUAAAGUUUAAAUAAAGUUAAAGCUCCUGUGAGGAAACCAGACUGAGACGUAAAGUGAAGUGACUUUUAUUUAUAGUUAAUAACAACAGGAGUCAGUUAACACGACUUUUACAAACUCAACAACAAUAUAAGCUUUGUAACACUUUGUCCACUGGGAGGGGCUAAAAUCAACACAGACAGAAAGUUCCUCACAGGAGCUUUAAUUCAAAUCUUAGCAAAGAGAAACAUCUCAUCACUAAUGAGGUCAAUUUUUAACAGGUUAGUAACAUGACUGGGCUGAGACACUCAGGAAAAAAGAUGGGAAGAUUUACCUCUCAGUCGGUACAUUCACAUGAGCAAGAUUGAUAAAAAUUUGAUGGUUUGAAUAAUCUGAAUCCAGUGUUUAUGUGUCUGCAAAAUCAAAUAAUCCGAUCAUGACGUGUGUAAACAUACACCAAGCUUUAUUCAGAUUAGAAGCAUUCAGACAUGCGCAGAGUUGUCUGAUCUGUAUUUCCGCCUGUGCUGUCAACAAACCAACAAAUGCCGAAGUGGUUAACUUCAUCCAGUUCCGGAGUUUCCUCCUUGUUAAAUGUUGUCACUAGAUGGCGUCCUCGCUCAGUUGUUUUACUGUUCUGUCAAAGGUUGCUCUGUGCGUGCAGAUGUGACAUCAUUACGCUGUAUGUACGCAUUGUUAUUUUACCGGAGGAGCAGACACGACACCUAAGGUUGUGUUUUAUGCCAAAGUGAAAAUCAACAUAAACCACACCUCUCAAUCAAAAUUAGUGUUUACAUGGACGCGUUUUAAUAUAAAGAUCGGCAUAGACCACCUCUCUCAAUCAGAAUAAGUGUUUACAUUGACUUGUAUCGGAAUAAAAAUCGGCAUAAACCACCCCUCUUGAUUGGAAAACAUUCUCUUCUCCCGAUUGAGCCGAGUUGGAUCAGAAUCUUCCAAUUGACAUGUUUACAUGACGCAUUUUCAUUCUGAUCGGGAUCUAUUCCGAUUAUUUGUGCCCAUGUGAACGCAGGAAGACUGCGUGAGCAAACAGUUUCAAAAAUACUGAUCCUCAAAAGGGGAAAGGCAAAGAAUUCGUUGAUUUAUCAUCUUCUAAAUCCAAAACCAGGACUGGAUGGCCGUGGUCUUCAAACCUCUGCGCAGUUCUGCAUUAAAAAAAAGUCACUGUAUGGACUAUAAACUCCUUCUAAAGAACAUUUCCUGUCCACACAGUAGCACAUAAAAGAAGAAACUGCAUAAACACUCUUAUUUAAGGCAAAAAAUCAUAUUUUUAUAAAUCAUAGAAGCUCCAUCCUUUUAAAAAUCUGCGUUUAUUUCACUAAACAACCACUUUAUUUUGGUUUCAACAUCUCAGAGUCUUUUCACAUUUUAGUGCGAGGAAAGUUCAGAAAAGCUCCCUCAGGUUCGUCCCUGAAGAGCUCCAAAAAUCCCCGUUCAGUUUUUAUUUUCAUGCCGAAAAAACAGAAGGCUGAAUUAAUGCGGAUGAGGCGCUGCAGGAUCUCCACUCAUCAUUUACCGCUCACUGAUCGUUUCUGUGCCACAUUAUAAUCGUGUGUCUUUUAAUAGAGGAAAAAAAGCGCGGCUCUCGAGCUAAUUAUGGUCAUUAAUGCUCCUCUCUCUGGGAAGGAAAGUGUUGGAAAGCUUCCCUGGAUGUUUAAAUGACACAUUAGUUGAAUGUGUAAUUACAGCAUCACUGAUUCAACAGUAAAAGUGUCGCGUUUGAUUAUCCUCCUCGUGCUGAAAGCUGAAGAUAAGUUAACGCUUCGGUUACCGAGCGGCGUCUGGAGAAAAACAGGAGAUCUGUCAGGUAAAAGUUCGUGAUCCUUCCUGAUUCUCCUGAAAACCGGAGAAGGUUAAAGAUCACAUAAACGUCGUGUCCGUUCAUAAAUUUGAUCAACAUUAAACUCCCUCACACUGAGUUAAAGCUCUUCUUCGUCUGCACCGCUUAUCCGUCAUUUUAAUGAGCAGAACAGAUUGCUUAUGAGGCUGUUUUUUCUUUAUUACUGCAGUGAAUCACAGUGAGAGGAGAGACGGCUCUGAGUUAGGGAAAAAUCCCUCCAUGUGCAAAACAUUAAAUGUUAAUUCAAGCAGCAGACGCAGAUUAAGAGAUUCAGAGCCUAAUUUCAGACUCUUAAUAUACCUCAUCAUAUUAGACGAAUAUUUAAGCGUGUGUGCUUCGGAAAGAGGUUUAAGUUUGGGUAUAAAACAGGAAGUUGUAAAUCAGUCUUUUAACACUGUGAUUUGAAUGCUCGUCUCUGAUUGGCUGCUCUCCUUGUUGCUGUGAAGAACAGACGACGCCCUUUCCACACAGGAUUAGCACUACCUAGAGACCUCUGGUAAUUUGUGGAUUAUUCCCUGAUGGCGUGGAGCGUUCCCGCUUAAAGGGAUCUGUACUUUUCUUGGCCGUACACCAGGCCUGAGGCGCUGCAGGGGAUCCGCCUCGUCUCUCGGGGCAGCAGCGCACAGUAUGGCGUAAAGCCUGCGGGGAGUUCAUUAAAAGAAGAAGACGACCACGGAGGAGAGCAUGCAUUCGAAACGAGAAAUGGAGCCUUUGAGAAAAUAUUCAACAAGAACUCUGGCUGAGAACCUCAGACUGGACUGAGUGAAGGAAAGACUGAGAAGACGGAUCAGAGUGACACGACUAUAAACCACAUCCUCCAACACCGCCGAUUAAAUCAGUUUGGCCUGGAUCACAUUAUGAGUUAACCUCUGACUGAAAUAUGGUUGCUGAUAUGACCUUUGGGAGAAAUCUUGAAUGUAAACUCUACCCCUCCAAACCAGUUUUCCCCUGAGCUCCCCCUCUCCCCUCAAGCCCCGCCCACAAACAGACGCUCCUGCUCGCUCGUAUCGUUCCAGUUAAAUUCAGAUAUAAUGCAGAUAAAUACUUCAGAUCAUUACAAAUGGGGCCCAGUCAAGGUGAAAGUCAGAAGCAUUGGUGCUACUGUAGAUGCCAACAGACGACCAGCAAACACAAUGUUUGCAGGACUUCUACAACUAGGAUAAAGUGACAUAGUCCGGGACCCGAGGGAGGACAGUUUAGCGAUGGCGCUACAACACGCUACAGCAGGUCCGUUUGACAAGAAACACUUCUGUUACAGACACUUGUCUUACUUUGUUAAAGCGGUUUACCUGUCCAGCAGAAAGGUUACAGGGUCACCAAGAUCCCCAAGCGUCCCCCAUCGUUUAUGCUGACCCAGCUUUUUAGCUCUUGUCCGGUCUACCUCCGUUUUAAGCGCCCGUUAUUCCUCCAGAGUCUCCGGUAUUUACUUUGUUUUCUUGCUUGUGUCGGCAGUCGUGGCCAAAGGAGGAUUCAGACAAUUUUCAGAACUUUCUGGUUGGUUUCUACUGUCCGAUAUUGUAGCACGCUAACUUUGUUUGGGUUCGUGAACGACACGGGGGAGCAGCGUCUGCCUCACAACCAAUCAGGUCGGGGGAGGCGGGGAACGGCUUUGUUUACACAGACAUAACAAAAACACAGAAAUAUCGUGAUAUUCCCAAAUGUCAUCAAUAACUAAUAGGUAUUGACUGAUAUUAAAAGCUUUUUUGUUUAUACACCACAAAAAAUGACGCGUCUUUAAUGGAAUCCUGCCGACCUCACCUUUAACCUUUAAGUGUUUAAGGCUCUUGUGCUUCUACUUUGACUUUGUGUUUUCUAAACUUAGCGGCUCAGAUUGUCCCGACUGUCUCCCACUCUUACCGUAAAAUUCUGUGUUUAAGGCGCUCUCUAUCACAGUGGUUAAGUCCACAUGGUCCUGGAUCUCCAGCAGAGACUCCAUCUGAUGGCGCUCUUGUUCUUCGUUUUUCAGAAACCACUGGUCUGGACCACGGAGACGGUUUCUACGCCGGGAUGCCGAUUCCCUGCGCUGACAACUACGCCGGCUACUGUGUUCACGGGAAGUGUGAGAUCAAAUUCAACAAGGCGAUCUGCAGGUGUGUGUCUGUGUGGACUUUAGCUCAGCUGGUUGUCACGAUGAAACCUCUGUAGCUGUGUCACUAAACCGACCUCCCUCUGUGUGUGUGUUUGUGUGUGUGUGUGUGUCACAGGUGUGAUUCGGGCUACAAAGGCACCCAGUGUGACGAGCCUCACGACUUUAACAUCCUCUACGUGGUUCCCAGCGGACAGAAGCUCCACUACGUCCUCAUCGCCGCCAUCAUCGGGGCCGUGCAGAUCGCCAUCAUCGUCGCCGUGGUGAUGUGCAUCACGAGGUAAACGGGUGCCCAGUCGUACUAAAUUCAUGAAUGAUCACUUCAAGUUUGAUGUUUUUGAGAUUCACGAAUUUUACUUUAUGUAAUGUCUGAUUAUGAGGGGCAGAAAUGUAAAUAAAUGUAAAUAAAUUAAAUGGACAGUUUCAGAAUAAUCUAAUAAUCUCCAAACAGAGACUCGUUUUCUGUGUUUUUGAUUUGCUGAAUGAAAUUUGGCGAGACUAAAGUCAGAAACAGUUCAGACUAACAGAUCCGAACUUUCUGGCGGUGAGCGCAGCCUCGUCUCACCUGAAGUGAAGGUGUGACAUCUGGAGGUGUCUGCAGAGGAGCUGCUGCUGCUGACAGCUGAGGCUUAGAGGAGGAUUUGACUUGGCCUGGUUUUCUCUCUCAGCAGACAGACUUUGCCCCCUCAGUCAGGAGAGGAAAGAGAGGUUUUGGAUCACUUUGUAUUGGAAAAGUUUUUAGCGACUGUUUCAAAGUAAAAAACGAAAAAGACUAAAAUCUUUAAAUCUGGGGAUGAACCGCACCUCGACGGUUUGAUGAGCAAUUCAGUCCUGACCUCGUCGAGCUCCAGUUAAAGUUUCAUUAGGCGAUUUAAUGGGACUGCUGCCCUUGUUUACAAGCACAUCUCAGCUCUUUACAACUUAGCAGUAAGUUUGGUCCACUUCAUCAUGUACCAAAACAAUCGAAAAACACAUUAGCAAGAGGUUAAAGGGAUAUUCAGGCGUAAAAUUAAUUUAGGGUCAAACACAACUUAACACCGAGUUAGACACCCCCUCGAGAGAUGAAUGUUACCGACCACUUGUUUCUCUAGUUAUACCAACUUUGGUAACGACCGCAGGAUAGCAAUACACAGCGGUCUGAGGAUCCAUAAACAAACCUCAACCAAAACGCCACUCUAUAGCCACAAAUAAUGCUCAGAACAGCACCUAACUUCAUCAACAGGACAUAUAGGGUCCCAGACAUAGUACUAGACACCAAACAUCUUUUUAACUUUGACUCAUUUCUUUAGCAAAGAGACUAAACACAACUCACCUACUCUCUUCCAGCAGCCGCUUGUUUGUCAGGCCAGUCCAUUACGUACUACAGCGGGGUGACGCAGCUCAAGGAAGAACAUUUAUGAUCAUUUCUUUAAAAACAACAAAUUAUUAAACACAAAUAUUUUACUCAGCAAACCACCAGACGCUGAUUAACACGGACGCUCUUCCAUCGUCCUGUCGCCAGGCGGUCUCCAGUGAGUUGGGUGAAUUCAAAAUGGUGAAAAGAAGGGGGAUGUUUUGAAACACCCCCAUUAGCACUUGGUACGUUCCACCUGAUGAAAUUAACCAUAGAUUGUAAAUUGAUGUGGAAAAAACAUUGAGUCGACCGAUCAGAAUUUUUGUCGACUCAGCACGCAUCGACGAAUAAAAUCCUACUAAAUCGAACUUUUAUCUUACUCUGUGCGUGCCCUACAGUUCGCCAAGCUUUGGUCCAGAAGUUGAAUAGUGUAAAUAUGCCGCUAAGAAACAAGGUAGUGAACGAAUCGCUACCUGGUGAAGAAAGAAUGUAAAAAUAGUACAGUGACAUUAAAGUGCGUCCCAUUCGCCACUUGUGUACACAGUUUGUUGAUUGUUUUGGUAACUUGACACCUCAACUUGGAGAUGACUUGGUUGUAGCGGGCUGAGAGGGGGCACCUACUUUAGAGGAGGCGGACCUGCUUCUGUCAAUAACUAUGGUUCAGUUAAAUCUCUUAAUCCAGCUUUAAUCCCAGCUCGACUUAAAUCUGAAUGUGAUUUCAUUCUGACUCGUUUUAAAGGUCCAGUUUUGGCCGGACUAACUCACUUCAUGGAUCUUUUUGUCUCUUCAGGAAAUGUCCGAAAAACAACCGAGGUCGCCGGCAAAAACAGAACCUGGGACACUUUUCCUCGGACACAAACUCCAGGAUGGUAUAG